AUGGCGGGACUUGGUAUGGCAUCGGAAGUUGUAAGCAAGUGACAGUUUUUGGAUCAUUUUCAUUUAGCACCACAUACUUGAAGUACCUGAAAUCGGAAAGUUAAACGUAUACGUGCAAGUGAGUUCUUAAAUAGUGUUAGUCUUUGUAUACAAACGCUAAAUUGUAUUUUUGAUGACGAGUAGAAUGCUUUUGCGUUUGCUUACAUGUAAAUGCACGCGACGCACCGCAACACACGGAGCUGAAUUCUUUCAGUUUUUACUCUUCUAAUUCGUGGACAUCUACUUGGAUUGGUCUUGCGGAAACUGCCUUGCAGCCCCGCGGCUGCACUGCGUCCAGAGUACCUUCAAGGGAUUCUAGGCUUUGAGGAUUUAAAUGUCUGGCUAUUUUCGAUUUGUUCUGUACUUUUGCGUUUACUUUAUCCAAAAAUUUGUUAGACUGAUCGCUAACUUUUACGAGUCUCUAUUUUCUAUAGGACAUAAUCAUGGAAUUUGUAAAUCAAUUUGGACGUAGCCGCUAUAUAUUAGAAAAAUACAGAGCGCUGACAUUUUACUUCAACGAAAAACGCUUUCAGACGUGCAGAAAUAAAACGGUCUGCAGAAACGACGGUGUAUGGGCUAAUUAUAUUUAACAGGCAAACGACAAAUAAAUUUAUGUGACCGAACACCUUAUUAACAAGGCCACCCUAACAUGCAAGUACUUUAGCAUAGUGCUUUUUCUUAUCUGCUAGAAAUAUUCGGUCAGAAUACAUCAAAGUUUCAUACUCACAGCAUCGUAGAUAUGAAUAUUCAAAUACGUUCAAACAUCAUGUUCAUGGUUUUAACUGAAUGGUUAAUCCUAUUACGUUUGCAAUUAAUUAAUUAAUAUCUUCUGAUUAUGUCACGAUUUUACGUUUAAUCUUUCACCACAGGGGAAUCUUGUCUCGCAUUCUGUCGCAUUCCUUACAGUCCAUGAUCUCGGUUGCAACCGUGAGUUAAUAUUUUCUGGAGGAUCAAGCUUUCUUUAUGCCUGUUCCACACGUACCAGAUUGUCAUCUUUUGCACACAACCUCAGUUCACAUGAUAAGCUGUUAUUCACACUAUCCUACACUGCCUGCAAAUAUUUUAUAUACUACCUAAAAAAUAUAAAUUAUCUCACGCUCCAUAUAAAAGCGUCUGCAUUGGCAGGAAUGUUUCUGAGCUUUUUGGUGUUCGAAAUGUAGUUUUACACGAGUGGAAUCCUAUAAUGGUCAGAUCACUUUACAAUGCAAACAAAGCAGAUAGCGCCUGCGCAUUGUGUCCCCGUGCAUUAAUUUUUCGAAGGCAAUAUUAACACUCGUGAGCAACAACUGAUUCUCAUAAGACAGUAUAUUAUUUUAAAUUGACUUCAUGCAAACCAUUUCUAGGGAAGGUCCCAAAAACGACAGACAAUCGAUAUUAAGGCUCGUAUAUGUUUCGAUGAUGCCAAACUAUUACCUCUUUGCUGUGCAACAAAGCUAGCAACAAGUUUUUUGAUGCCCAAGGCAUUUUAAUGAUUUUUAUUAGUAACAGGCCAUAUACGACUUUUCAAGGAAGUUAAUAAUCUAUUUAGCAUGUAUUGUGUUUGAAACGUAUCACUGCGAAAGCCGUCAUUACCUUUUCUUAAGCAAACAACAUGCCUUUGAGUAGGAAGUGUCCCCCAGUAAAACUGGCACGGACCUAAUAUGUCUCUAAAUCCAAAAAAUCAAGCACACAUUGGAUCUCCUUAAAUCUAUACUUUAAAAUGGUGGAAUCGAUCGGAAUGUUAGCAAUCCCAUUGUCAACACGUUUUAGUUAUCAGUAUGAGUCACUUGCGACAUAGAAUAAUAUUAAAGGGAACAAAAUGCUCCACUUCCCCUGUGGACUAAUGUUACUAACGGGAACGAAAAAAUGUGCACAAACUAAUAGAAAAAAUCAGACACAAUUGCCUGGUCCAUUUGAUCUACUCAAAACUAUUGUUUUAGCUUGAUUGCCCAAUAAACUAGGUAUAAACUUUAGAAAGUUGAUGUUUUUCAUUGGCUCAUAUCCGUCGAUACUCCAUAUUUUCCACCAAAAUUAUUUACCUAGCUGCUUCGAAGUCCACCUUUUAAAGGUAUAUCCGCUUCUAAAGAAAUAAUUACAGUUAAGAAGUCAUUUGUCAUUUCCCAAGUCACCUCUUGAAUUGUUACCAUUUUCAUAAAGCAUGAAGCACAGUAGAUGUACUGUCUGUACCGUACUGAUGUUAACCAAAAUUCUGAAAUGCGUCUUCAAUUCCAAAAUGAUUACUUAAGUGGAGUUGUAAUAUUGAUUAUUAUGUGGCAUUAUACCAAGGCCUUCCAGUUGUGUCACGAUGCCGGAUUUCGAAUGACCUUCAUAUCAGUCGCCUGCAUAACUUUUAUUCCGUAAAAAGGGCUACUUAUUAGUAUAAAUUUUACUCAAUGUUUUUCGGUACCCUUAUAUUUUAUUGAAAACAUACACGAAAACAUCCUUUCUUUUGUUCAUUUGGUAACAAAUCGCGUUUGCUUCCAACUUUAUACUUGGAGAAAGAGUGUCCUUUGGUUCUAAAAAAAUUUCUUAUUGUGACACUUCUCAAGACCUUGGAAUUUCCAAUCGUACAGCAGCAGAUUAUCACAUUUAUCAAUCCUGCCUGUAAAAUGGACAAUGUGGUCUACAUCCACUUUCAACUUUAUAUGCAUGCUUUAUAAUAACACAUAUAAAUAUACGAGUUGUUUGCUCGAAGAGAAUGAAGCUUGUAGUUCGAAAUUUCUGAGCGCAGGUGGAAAGCCCAGCCAGGUUUAAAAUUAUUCGGAAAUCAGUUAAGCUAUGCAAAACCGAAAAACACUCUCUCUUCAAGCAUAAAAUUUCACAAAGACGUAAUCCGCUAAAAAAUAAGCUAAAAGGAAUAUUUUUGUGAAUAUUUUCUACACAAUAUAUUUGGAUUUUUAAGGGUAUCAAAAAUCAAUAGUAGAAAUUCGUGCUGACUAGGCAGCCACUUUUUGCGUGGUAUAUUUUUCGCAAAUGGUCGAUAAAAAGCUUAUUUGAAGGCCAAAAUCCCUAAUAAAGUAAUCCUCUGAAGUUGAAAACACAUUACAUAUUCCCAGUCAACGUUUGAUGUGAUAACAUAUUGCAUUAAUUUAUAAUCCAAAUGAGUCAUAUUCGGUAUACUUAUGCUAAAGUUGCUUUCUAUGAAGAAAAGCACUUUAACUUAGCAGCAUGAUUUAUGCUGGAACGGCCAUUAGCCCGACGAAUUAGUACCCUUUUAUAGACGUCAGGAGUAAUCAUGAUUGCUAAAGCAAUGCAUAAAAAUACAGGCAAUUUAUUGCAUGCAUAGGUUUGCCUUUAAUUCCUGUCUGUGUUUAUUGCAAACUGAAAAGACAGUUAGCUGUCGAAAUAAUGGGCUGAACUUCCGUCCUAGAAGUAAACAUAAUUUGCGGAAUGGUGAUAUAUCCAGAUUUCGUCAUCGAUUGGCCGUGGUUUCUCACAGCAAUUUGGGGCCUUUAAUUGUCCCCAAUCCACUCAUAAAAUUCCACUCAGGUAAAGUAAGAACAUAAUUAUACCGUGGGAGCGGGCCACAAACAGAACCUGCAGGUCUUUUCAGUAGAACCCCUUAUCAUUGAAAAAAUAAAAAGCUUCCAAUAGGAGACAAAGAAAAUGAACUUACCAGCAGAUUUAUUGGUCAACCACACUAUAUCAGUAGGACUUAACUUGCAGUACACAAAUUAUAGUCAAUACACAAGUCGCUGCCCGGCUGUGACGUUAAAAGUUUAUUUUGACACAUUGCUUUUAAAUUCAUUUUUUCGAUUUUGCAAAAGGAAAAGGAACCCUUUAUGUGCAAGGAAGGCAAUCAAUCGCCCUGAAAUUACUAUAAGAUCGAGGUUCUAAUCAUCAUUUUGAAUCCUCAUCUGUCGGGUGAAUCGCGGGUAGAAAUCGUAAGAUCGGUUGCAAGUGAAUAUUCAGCAUCCUUAACACAAACUACGUCGUAACCCCUAAAGGCAUCACCUGCGCAGAGCUUUGUUUUUAAAAUCUAUCAUCCUAUUCUGAUGGGAUCCAAGCCGUCCUCUUGUUUUUAUGGAAACCCGGUGCGCCAUGCAUGUGCCAGAUCGUGUGCGCAACGCUUUAACGGGGUGUUUAGCAUUGCCAGUCACUGCGUCCAGCCCCGCCUCCGGUCCCCCUGACUCCAUCUUGCACUCUCACCCAAAUCUUUGUUGGAGGAGAGAGUGUGCAUAUGCGACAGACGUCUGCCACCUUUAUGAGCUAGUUCACGCACGCGUCAUCGCUAUGCGCCCACCUUGUUGGAUUUCACCUGACAAACGGUGUAAUUUUUAACGGUCCAGCUGCCAUAGCCUUUCAGCUGUUAGUUGACUGUGUGUAUGAUAAGAAAACUCACACAACAAAUAUUGGAACCGUAAUUUGCGGCCAGCCUAGUAAACUCUUGAAAGCAUCAGUGUCCUUCAGGUGUCACUGCUAAAACGAUAACGCUCCUAAUUUAGAAAAAAGACAAAAUAUAUCUGUUGAGGUAGACUCAAGAUGUUUUCCCAUAAAUAUAUUCAUUACCAUUCAUCCAAUAUGUCCAAGUAAAAGCCUUCCAUUUUUAAAACAAAUAAAGACCCCGUAAUGCCGAACAUCUCUGGAAAUCGAAAACUCGGCUAGCCUCUGCAAACACUAGGUAAGCUAGAAUGCUUUCUUAAACACAUUUAACUGAGAGCCUAUUAGUAGGCCUCCUCUAAUGUAAAGUUGCACUUUUUGAGUUAUUUUCGACUUAGUGGCGGCAUAAUCUUACCUAAGGAUACAACCUCACGAUAACCGCAACAAGGCCUUCUAUGUAGGAACAUGCGAUAACUCUUGCCCGAUUUCGGUAGAUAUAUCUUGGUUGAUGGAGCCGAUGCCUCUGCGAAGACCUGGAUGCCAGACGAAAAAUGGAUCUUCUGAUAUGACUUGGCUCGUUACCGAGGUGACUUUAUGCGGUUGUUUUGGAAUUCAGUAGGUUGCCGGGAGAUAUCGCUAGCAGUACAAGACAGUGCUAGGUACACUCCUAAAGUGGAAUUCGGGUCGGUAUUAGUUAGCUGCGUUAACAUUCUCUCCCUAACUCUCUUGAGACCAUGUAACGAAUGCAAGAUAUUCAUAGAAACAACUGAAGAAACUUGCAUGCAUAAAUCGCCAAGAAACAGAUGCUAGAGGAGCUUUCAAUUUUUUAAAAAAAAGUUGUUAUAUGAGUCCCUGUGAAACUGUAGGCGAAGUUUGGAGAAUAAUUAUAAAAGGGGUUUGCCUUCAGUGCUGUUCAAAAUCAAUUGUUUAGAAUGCCCUGCCCAAGGAAGGUUCCUGCAAGAUGAUUGUUUCUUGGGAAGUAUUUACGGACCUUAGUAUUCAAGCCUGGAUGUCCGAAUCUCAAAAAACAUUCUUUUUCUUUGGACGCACAAUAGUGGGAAAGUUCCCGUUGUUGUUUUCCUUCUGAAGGACCUUUUCGGAUUGAAACGUCACGUCUCUCCGUUGAUACAGGCCUCAGAAUAUAAAAAAGAAUAUUACGCUCUGCAUAACGAAGCUUGAAAUACGAUGCGUUUUAUUAUUCUACUGCAUAUAGCCUGAGCUAAUACGUAUAGUAGGUGGACUAACUCAUGAAAUGUCAACCGAAAUUUUUAAAUGCGGUUUCGUUUCGAAAAGACUAAUUUAGUGGGGUUCUAAAAUUAAUUGUCAUGCAGUAUGAUUCCACAAUAAUUCAGUUAUCUCAGGAUGACGGCUUCGAAAGGAUUUCUUUUCGGCUGCACGCAGGAACUACACUUUGUAAAAAAUAUCUACUUAUAUAAAAUGCAUUCCUCUCAUUGAAUUUCGAUGCUCUUAAAAAGCAAGUUAUAUUUCAUGCAAAACGUGCAUAAAAAUAUUCAUUCUUUUACUCAUUCGGUAGAAAAUGACGUCUUCCAAUUUUGUAUUGGCAAAAAAGACAUCAUUCGGUUUUCAAACACUAACAAUUUCCGAAUAACUUUCAACCCGACCUGCCGUUACGCUUGCAUUCGGGGUUCCCGAACUCCAAGUCGUAUAUUUUCCGCGUAUGGAAAACCGUAAAUUUCUCUGCGGCAUUAAGAGGAAACCUUAUGGGGUUCAUUAAAGCUAGCAGUGUAUUUGAGCCAUAUUACUGACGUUACAAGCCACAUUGGUGACGUUUUAUGAACGGCCAUUUCACGGUAUUAAAAAUCUCAAAAUUAGAAACUUUUUAUAAACCAAAUUUCACCCUUCAUUUGAACAAAGAUGUAUUUUUUACUGACUGAGCAAAAAAUGAAUAUUUUAAUGCAUAUUUUUCAUGGAAUAUACGUGGAUUUUUAAGAGCACCGAAAAACAAUCAGAAACAUACAUGCCACCUUAGUAGUCAUUUUUUACAGAGUGUGCUUUCCGCGUGCAGCCGAAAAGAAGUUCUUUCGAAAGCAGGCAUUAUGACGUAACUGAAUUAUUAUAGAACUAUGCCACAUGAUGAUUACUUUUACAACCCCACUUAAUUAAUCUUUUCGAAAGGAAAACGCAUUUCGGAAUUUGCGUUGACAUUUAAUGAAUUAGCCCACCUACUGAACGUUACAGUAAAAGUAUUCUUAACAUGCUUCGCGCAAAAUUACUUUUUACAAGUGUUUUUACCAAUUUUCUCUAUCGACGACUGGAACAUUUAAUUAAAUUGGAGAACGACGCCCUUCACGAGCGUAAUAUUUUCUUAAAUGUCCCGCGUAGGGUGCAAGUUUUGCUUUCCAUAACUGUGAAGGAUCUGUGGAGAAUAAAUUCCAAUUAUCUGACUCCAUGAGCGCUAUAAUCACACCAUUCAUGUCAGGUAUGCAGUGCCGCAUUUUUUUGCUACAGAACAGCCACUCCAUUUUUCAAAACAUUAACAGAAGAACAGGCUGGAACUGUCCCCUGUUAACAUAAACAUAGGCAUUAGUUUCACCAUACGUCCAUCACUCGCCCCGUAUGCUGGUGAGACCAAUUUAUAUUUAAAGUUUGGAUUCAGAUAUUAAAACCCGAGUAUCAGGUCAUGCACCACGCUCUGCCAUGAAAUGUGCCCACGAUUUCUGAGAUUUAACCAAAAUGGCGAUUAUUCUUGCGACCCCGUUGCUAGACUUGACUACUGAAGUAAUCCCACUCUGUAGCGUCACCCUACAAAACACUGAUGUAUGAUCGUGAAGUUAACGAAAUAUGCUACCUACAUACGUCGGAAUUCCCAAAGUUGAAACGCGAACGCUGACAAACAAGCUCUUUUAUUAUACUAACUAACAAGCAGGUAUGCAAUUAGUGCUGAAAUUUUGCGGAGCCAUUUCCGCAACGAUAUUAUUUUGGAAAAGACCUAAGUACAUUUAUAUCUCCCUUUAGCCCUUUUGCAUUCUUUCCGAAGAUUGUCCUGGUAAUUCACAAUUUCAAAAUAAAUGAUGCUAGUCUUGAAAAUGAGCUACGUUUUCUGACCUUCAGACGCGGUUUUUCUAAAAUGAUGUCGUUUCGGCGAUCGUGUUUAUUGUUUGCUUUAAGAAAGUGCUUACAGAUACGCGUGGUCGUUGACUCAUAAUCAUACUGUGACUUGAUGAGAAGAGCCACACGUCUCAUUUUUUAAUUGCUGCCUAUCACAACUGUCUUUUAACCAAUUAAUCGGUAAGUCUGUCUCAGUAAUGCUGAACCUUUUUUUAAUGUCCCAUGUGUGGAGACAUAGGAAUUUUUGCAGCGGCGCUUAAAAACUAAGUUUUCAGCCGAUGAGAAGCAGAACGUGAAAAACAAUAAGUUUUACAUGGGACUUUCUAAAAUAGGUAACUUCUUACCAUGGAAAAUUCUAUCAUACGCACUGCACGCUGCUCUUCUUCGGCAAGCAAAAGAGCCCUGGUCUUCGACCGAGAGUUUUUGUCUGUAGGUUCGCAAGCCAUCACUACGUUAUGCCCAAACGUCUCCAACCAGCCAAACAAGGGAUUGGUCAGUUUCACUGCCGCAUGCCUAGGCUCGGUCUUUGCGCGCAUACUUGUUGCAUAGCUGCCGUUCAUAACAUAUGACUGUUCAUAGAAUCAAAAAGCCAUUUUAUCGGACUUCUGGACAAAGACUGAAUUUCGAAAUUAAAUGGCUGACCACGAAAAGAGGACUGCUUUGCCGGCAAUACAAGAUUAUGCAUAUAUAUCGGGGAAUCUAGCAGUUACAAAACUGCGUAGUUAAGGCACGCAAGGGCGGUUGUCAUUUUGCCGGGUUAUAAAAAGAACGUCAAAAACGGCCAUGCGAUGCUGACUUCUCUUAAUGCUCUCGCACAUGAACAUAUUUCGGACAAAAUGGACCCCGUGUUGCAAAAGUAUGAGCGACUAACCGCCAGUCUGGGGCCAGGCGACUACCGUAAGGACAAAAAUGACAAAAUAAUUGGUUCGAAUGUAUUUCGCCCAUUUGGUGGAAAAAGGAGACACAUUAAUGUUUAUCGCAUCGUCUUCAAAAUGCGAAGGAACGAAGAAUAACUUCCAGAAAGACUCUGUAACUGGUCCCGCUGUUCUUUCUGGCAGUACAAAGCGCAGAUAGGAUUAAAUAUGAUCAAAUUUAUUUUCCUCACUGGUUUGAACGUCUCAGACUUUCUGAGUUCGUUUGAAACCUGCUCACUUGUGCUAAGAGUGAACGACAUUAAAACCGCAAGAAUAAAUAAUCAUUAGGACUACAUGAGCGGAGAGGCAAACUGUUUUGACGUUGGAGACUAAAUAUGACCCCUAUAUUCGCACUCUUUCGGCUCCUGCGUUUAAACUGCUUAACGGAUGGAUGGCGGUUACUAUGCGGUACAACCAACAAAGCACUGAUCACAAUGUCUUUAUAUAUUUUGUCAUAUAAAGAGUUACCUUAGUUUAGUUGCGAAAGUGAUAAAUAGAGUUCAUCAUCCGAGGGAAGACAACGCACGGCAACAUGGCUACCAAGCAGGUUCCUGGCCAUCCAUACAAUUCAUAUUCUUAAAAAUUUGCUAUUGCUUACUUCGUCAUCAUUUUAUUGUUUAUAGCAUAUAUCUUUAAAAAACACUUUCCAUUAAACAUGUGUGGAAUAUGCUUUCUGUUGGUCAUUUUACAUGAAGUUGGGGUAUUUCAUACUGUGUACUGGGAAAAAGCGAGAGUUCAAAUCUCCGAACGUUCGUAGUUGUGGAACUUUUGAAGCUGUUUACGCAGUUUUUCGUACAGCUCAUUAUUUCUAAGCCUUUAGACCAGCGCUGACAGAGUAUGGAGCCUGAUCUUUACUCGGAUCUUUUUAAACGAUGAGGAAAGCAUCUAGCAAAUGGUUUCGAAAUCUUAAGGAAAGAUUAAGCAAGGAGAUUGGAUUACAACGCGCAGUAGCACGAGUUAAAGUAGGCUUAUGUUGCACAGCAAGUCUACGCAUCCGUAAACAGGUAUUUGGUCGUCAUACACUUUUGUUACCGAAAUCGUGCGGAACAUCAUUUAGUUAGUGCCAUCGUUCAUUUCCUGUCCUUUAUUCGAAAGUAGAGAACAGCAAAGUUAAAAAUGAUCCGUCAGUAUUUUAAAAGCACCCUUGUUCUCACUACGUGUUGGGGAAGUUUUCGUUUUAUCGGACUUACGGAGAUAACCGUCGGUUCUGGUGGCAAGUUUGUGCACACAGCCAAAACUCAUCAUAUUGAAGGCAAGCCAAAAUACACGGGUUUUUGGUCUGCACCUGCGGAGUAUAGAACGUAUGUAGCAGACUGGACAGAUGCUUUUUCUGUGCAAGUCGAAGGAAGUAGAGAUAGGUUCGUACGGCAUCCUGUCUGUGGCAUUUUUCUGACCAAGUGCUUUCAUGGGUUUAGUCAAACUGACUUACUAACGUAACGAAUGUGCGAACAGCAAAAAAUUCAGCUUAACUUACAAUCCCCAUUUGCACUCGAGUUUCCUCUUGCUACCUGGAAAAACGCCAACGAUCCAAGAAAGAUGAUGUACCACGCAUAAUCGGUAAACGGACGCUUAUUCGUUAGCUCUUUCAAAAUCUAAGAUGACAGGGUCACAGACUCUGCAAACCCCAGUGAAAACUGAUCAAAAUGCCGACAGCAUGCACUUUGAGUGCCUGUGUUAAGAAAGAUUACGGUGCUUGUGUUUUGCUAGCAAAUAUUCUGGUUUUCUCUGUGUUAGCUAAUUUUCUUUUGAGUGUCAUCUGAACUUGCAUAUAUAGUUCUUAGUUACUCACAAUAUAACUAGCUGUUGAUUACUGCAAGACAGUGUUAGCGUGAUGACCUAACGCCUUGGAUAUUACCUGUUAUCAGUCUAGUGAAAGAACAUGGUUUUGUUUUUGACACAGGAGAUUAACUGUCCAGGAGCAAAAACAGCGUUUCUCAGGGCAAAUCCGACUGAGAUCUAAUUUUUCAAUACAAACAUCAGGGAAUAGAGUAAAUCUAUCGUUAUUUACCUAACCCUACCUGCCUGCUAGCAUAAUAUGGGCAUUUCACAGCUAUUCCACCAAAAAUACUAGAGAUUAGCUCACAUAUUCAUAUCGGUAUUCGAACCGAACCUAGGGGGAUUGGUGCUGAAGGAUUUACUCCAAGAAAAUCGAAGAGCUUGAUGCUCAAGUCUGAAGUCCAAUGAGAUUAGGACAAGUUUGAGACUCUAAACGUUGGAGACAGCUAGAACAGCACUGACGACGUCCUAUACACAAAAACGGUCGACGGAUGAGGUAUCACAGUCACUCGUGGGUAUCUUUAAUGACGCGUUUCAAAAAACAUUAGUUUACUGCCAGCUGGCAUAUUAGUCAUGCUCAGGAUAUUCAGGCACUCCAAACUUUAGCAACACAUGAGUGAAUUUUUGAGCCAAAUCCCUAUAGAGUGCUGCCCUAAUUUUCUGAUAGGCCUUGUCGUUUUAACUAUCAUUUUUAAAUUACUACCUCCCACUGAGCACUAUGACUCUUAUCGCAAAAGACAAAUGCACAUUGAGAAGACGUACUUAUCCUUUGCUGGCUCAUUAGCAUCAUUACCCGGAGGACCUCUUAAUUGUAGAGCCUAAGCCUCAGAAGAGAGUUUUGUGAUGUGGAAACUUUUGCACUUAUUGUCUGCAGACUUCACGUUAUCCGUUCAUAUUUUUUGAACUCGACCGAGUGCUUCAAAAUGGAGAAGGAUGGUGGACGUACUGGAUUUUCCAGCCAAUUAGCCGGCAACCACAAAUCACGCUUCUUAAGUUGUGCUGCCUGAUGCUCCGUUUGUCAGUUCAGUUGGACGCGCUUCCACAAAAUUCACGCGGUGGUAAUAAGAUUCAACCGUUUUGUUAACACAAUUGUAGUCCUACCAGCCUAUCGCAUAUAACAUAAGGGGUGUUGAUCCAUUUCUGAAAAUAUGGAAUCUUACAUAUCCACCGUAUCUUUUUAAUAUUCGGACAACAAUAACUUUUCGCGAAAAACGCAGAUAAGUUCACUAAAGACAGUGUCAGAAACUACAAUCAAAACCUACAACAAAAUAACUCAUUUUAACUACAACACAAAAAACAUCCACACUCAUAACGAUAUGCUAUUAUUAAAUAAUCCCAGAAAAUCCAUGAGUAUGGAAAGGGCUUGCUUCCGCCUGAAACAAAUUACGCAGUUUCCAAAACGGUAUGCAUUAAAUUUGGAAAAUCCACUUAAAUCAGCUUUCAGUGCUUAUUUGCGAGAAAAGCAAUGCCUAUACAAGAUACGCUUACGACCAUACUUAUUUCUUUAAUUCGUUAACCAAGACCAUUUCAUUUUUCGUUGCUGGUUUAAGCUAGAAUGUAUUCAAUAUUAUUUCCUAGGAGAGGUGUACGAAAUUCGUUCUAUUGCAGAUUUCGUCAUUUUAGAACUUUGUCUGUUAAGGAACGACGCUAAUUUUUUUUCUCGGCAGGUUCUAUUUUUAAGUGUGUUUUGAAACGAAAUCUACUUUGUCACUUCUUUCUGAUGUUCCGAAAACUUGCGCUCCCUAUUUUCUGUCGGAGAAGUUGACUCAUGUAUGUAUGCAUAUGGUGGUGGAGGGACGCUCACCGAUCAAAACUGACAGAACAACGAGCCCCUGGCCCAGAAGUUAGAGGUGCUGGACUUUUAACUAACAGGUCGAGAGUUCGAGCCGCAGGUAUUCCACACCUCGAGGUUGCGUACGACUUGCUGACGACGUCUAAUAAACCAGAAAUGGCCAUUCCAGUCUCCAUUAUCUUUGUCGGUUAUAACAUUCUGCUUAUAUAUAUGCAGUAUGGUAUUACGGACAAAGACAAGGGAGACUGGAAUGGCCAUUUCUGGCUUAGCAGUCGUCGUCAACCAGUCAUAAGCAACCUCGAAGUGUGCAACACCCGAAGCUUUUGUCAGUAAUGCCCUACUGCCUAUAUCAUGCGCCGCUGUGCGGCUGCUGAGUGGGCUCGAGAGAGAACUCUUAAGACACAACGGAACGAGUGAGUUCCGUAAGAACGAUCGGUGAGCGCCCCCUACCACUCCCCCAUUUGGCCUGGAAAGUCUUUUGCCUGUCAAUAUACGACCAUGUUAGUGUCAUCAUUAAUAUUCCAUCAGGACUUUCAUUUUUGACUAAAUUGAGUGUUCGCAUACGACGGCCGCUUACUGGCUGAAGCACCAAAUGAGUACUAAUUUUGUAGCUCGUUUUAAAUGUCUAUUGUUCUCUGCACAUUUACUCGAGUCUGACGACGACACGGAAAACCGACGUCGAAAAUUUGCUCAAUGAAUUUUUUCCUUUUCCCGGAGAACGUAUUUGCUUUUAAAUUAUAUUAUAUAUAUAUAUAUUAGACACAGACACGUUGUCCGACGUUCAUAGAGAGUUUCUUAUAUUCACAAAAAAUUGCAACGAAUUCUUCCUACGUUUCAUCAAGGACGGCCGAAGCUUCGGGAAGACGGGGCAUGUUUGUUUGUCUUAAAGUGCACAAGCAGGAUAUGCGCGUGUUAUUGUGUGUGGCAAGACACGUUGCAGCUGUACGGUCGCUCAUGGUUUGUUGAUGCGGUAGGGUACACGUUUCAUGACAGUACGCAUUCGAUCGAUCCGUUCUGCAGAUACGUUGCUGGAGUGGGAAGUACACCACGCGACCCCAUAUAGAUCGUGUAGCGCGGACAGAUCUUUCUGUUUUGUCAGCCCUCAAGCCCACCUAUCGUCCUUGGCUCCACGGGACCGUGCUCAGCACUGCGGCACAUCCCGGAAACCGUAUUUAGCCGGCAGACUUUAUCAGAUGGGGAUGUGCAGUGUGUGUGUGUGUAUGUGCAUGUGUGUAGUGUGUGUGUAUGUGUGUGUGUCUUCACACCAGGAAGCCCCGGAACUAAUCACCACUCUAUCUCCCCUCGUCUGAACAAAAACAUCUGCGCCGAAGGUGACAAACAAUCCCACAGACAGUCCAGGCUGCUUCGGAACCACUUCCCUGUGCAGCAAAUUCUUAAGCGACAGUGGAGUUGGCAACUUUCUGGAUAAAUAGCCGGUUCUGUUUGGUGGUAGAAUUUCUUAAGGAGAACAAUUUGACAUAAGUGUGAGUGAAACACGCCGUCACCAAGCUCAGCGUGGACCGUAGACACAAAUAUUCAUACUAGGCAAAAUACGAGGCAAGAGUCGCUCUUUCCUUCCCUCAAAUUCUACUUGAGUAACACUAUUCCCUGUGGCGGCCUAGAAUGAUCACUCAAUUUUGGACAGUCCAACAGCACUGUCCGGAAAGCAGGCCAGCCCUGGUCGCUUAGGGGCUAGCACACCGAAAAAGUGGACAUGGUGACACUCAACGAAACUCCUUUCUCCGAACAGGGGUGAGUGGAGGUAGGUGUCAGGUAGGCAGUUUUCUGGAACUGACGUCCAAAGGGCAGGACGACAAGACGUUAAAGUCGCUUUUGCUGUCAAGUAGGACGUUGUAAGACGACUUUCCCGUCUCUCGCGGAAAACCGGCGAUUAUCUGGUGGUCAUGGGUCUGUAACUGCACGGGGACAAUUUCGCUAGUCUUAUCAACGCCCACCUUUUUCCAGUGACAGACCUCGACGAGGUAUAGGAUAAAUUCAACAAUGUCGUCCAUGUCUUCUUGACGAAAGGGUUAAGGACGAACAGAUUCUUCUCUUAGCUGACUCAAAUACCCAUGUUGGUACAGAAAAAACUUUCUGUGAGGAAGUGCUAUGCCAGUUCGGGUACGGCAGUGCCUUGCGCAGAUAAAAAAUGUUCUCAUCACCAACACUUUAUUCUCUCUCGCUAUGCGUUAGAUACAAAUGUGCAUCCACACUCGUUUGUGACAAUGCAAAUACUGGAGCUCAUUAUUACCGGGAGACAGAAGUAACACGAUGCCCUAUUAACCAGGUCUAAGCGCGACGCGAAAUGACGGAUGGACUACAAUCUUCUUGUCUCUGACAUGAGGCUGCGACUUAAUUUCAACAGGCGAUCGAAAAGUAAGAAUUCAGAGUUAAGUUCUGCAUUAAGCGAAACGCCUGAACACCAAUUGAACUUUAGUUGUCGCCUACAUCUCAAUGUUAAACAAGUCAGUUUGUGGAAGAAAGUGCUGCUGUUGGGAAGAACCGCUGAAUUCCAUUCAAGUUUUUUCCCCCGAGGCACUCAGUGGCGCACACCGAAAUUACCAGGAUUAGUUCAACAAAAGCAACGAGAUCCGAGGUCUGAACUCGAGAAUAACAGUCACACAACAGUUCGGCCGUCGAUUUCGACUAGGUCCACCGUGUGCCCGACAGCGAUGUGGGUGCAGGGACGAUGACUUGCGCGUGAAUUAGUUUAUAGUUACAGUAGAUGUGCGCAGCAUCUGCCGCUUUCUCUCUCUUUACUCCCACCCAGACUCGAUGCCGUGACAGAUCCAGAAGACGGGAGGCGGGAGAUGUUGCAGGCCGCUGGAACAAGGGAACCCCUCACCUAAGCGUGUUACCACGCCGGUCCGGAUUCCACUGAGCUGAAGUGCCACAGAGAACAUAGUUAGAAUAAGCCAGGGCAGCCUGACUCUUAUUCCACCGGUUGGCUACUCAACACCAACAAACACUGGGCUGACCGCGAAGUCCGAGUUAUUCCGUCAGUUGGCGGUCUUUACCGUUAUAGAUUCAAGGGCGUCAGAUUGCUUAUAGUAGGCGAUAUGCGCCAAGACAGCUGAUUUAACUCACUCUUCUUACUCCCAGGCGUCAGUUUACUCCCCGAGUCAUUCAGUCGUCUGACGCGAGAAACAGGCUAAACACAACCUACAUCAACAGCAAUAUCGACGCCAAUAAAGCGGCAUAUUUCCGGCGCUGAAGAUUAGUGCAGCAGAAGACCUAGGGAGAUAUAACAUUUUUGGCUAAUUCAGAAGGCAGAAGAAAUUCUGGGAUAGGCUGGAGAAUUGUUGUUCAGCGAUCAAAGUAGUCUAUGGUUGCCAACCCACGGACACUGCGCCACUGUUCAGUCACGAUGGAUUAACUGUGCUGUCGCAGAAGUCUCAGAUGUCCCAUCGUCAGAGCGCGCACCCGCAGAAUAUCUCCAACUACUCGUCCACAGUCUGCAAAGAAAUCGUACAUCGACUUUCUCACGUAGACAACAAUGACAGCCCCGUUCAUACUUAUUCUUCCAGGAGAAAAGUUAGCGCUGUAGCAGCUGUCUAGCGGAAAGGCAUUAGUCGCAGACGCAAUCUCAUCCAAAAUCUACCAAAACUGCAGCCUCCAAUUAGCGGAGAAUCUUAAUCCACUAUUACAGGAGACGUGAAUGUAACAAGAAAUGCAGAAAGACUUGAAGGGCUUUCCCAGGUCCCCACAAACGCACACAAGGGGAGCUGGAGAACCUAUGAUAGGCUCAGAGGAAUCGACCUUCUCAAAAUCAUAGAACAAGCUUUACUUACGUCCUACUUAAUCGUCUGGACAGUCAUCAGGACAGAAAAGUCUUCUGGAAACACAGUGCUGAUACCGAAAGUACAGUAGAAUCCUGGAAAUAAGCUUUGUGAUCUGCCGACUACGAUAAAAAAUUGUCUGGACAUGAUACUAGACGAAGUUCUUUGGCGAAUUGAGCUAAUGUACACUCCGGAAAAUCAUGCCUAAAUCUGGGUGUCACAAGCUCUCAAAUCAUAAGCGGUUGAUUCAAAUGGCUAGAACAUUAGGAGACGUAUGAUGACACGUGCCAUAGAUAAUGAGGAAGUCCCUGAUGCAUUCACGCUGACAAAUAAUGUGAGACAGGGUACUACACUCGUUAACAUAGUCUCAAAUCGCCUGUUCUCUACCAUGCUGAUAGAUGCCGACUGUGAGAGGCGACGAAGAAUCAACAUCGCCUACCUAUCCGACGGACAUCUGCAUAACACCCGAUGCAGGCAUUUGUGCCGCACUACUGUAGGAAUUGGAAUGAUAAUCUAUACACUCCGUCGCCUUAUAGAGGUUAGAGGGCUGAGGGAGAUACGCAAAUCACGAACACCCCGAACCGGUGUUGUUAACAUCCAAGGAUUUCCAUCCUGCCUGCACUGAUAAUGAAGAUAUGGACACGGAUUUCCCUCGUAAGACGUUUUUGGACUCAGUGCAAUAUUAGCGCGACAGACCAACAUCCCUUUUCAUCAAAAAGCACCAACACUGUUUUGUCCUGCUUGUCGUCAUCACUGUUGUCCCGUUCGCUAGCAAGUUGGACUGAUUUCUGUCUUGUCACCACUAUGGCCGAUCUAAAACGCCCCAUAGUCGGUCACUUUCAAAUCCAUGACGCCAAGAUAACCGAAUUGGUGCCUAGAUAUACGUCAUGCACCUAGUACACACGCUUGACUUGUACAGACUGCUCUGGGGUAUCUAGAUCCCGUAUGCGUAUUUUUGGCCACAUGCAAAUGCAACGAAAUUUUCAGUGAAGUAGCACAGUCCAGACCCCCUUCAAAACACACCACUCAACCUAUACUAACAUACCUCUAGGCUACAUAAAAAUUAUUACUGAACGUGCGCAUAAACGACGCGCGGCAGCAAAACAUCGCAUAAGUGUUCACAAUAUGCGUGUAUCUAUAUGUUACGUCAAGUGCUACAUGCAAGAAGAUGCAUAUCCGAAUUAGGUGAGAAAUAUGCCAUUCGGUGUGACCUGAUAAGUGUGUACAGGUGACCAGGUCAUAGGUUGCAUGCGCAGACGGGCUUUUCAGCUUUGCUAACCAUUGAGCCCACGCUUAUCCCCUGUAAGACUUAAUUUUGUAUUUCCAUCCGAGUACAGUGGACGUGGGAGAGGGGAUUGAGGUAGAUUCGGCGGAAGUCUGCUCCAAUAACAACAAACUCACGCGCAAGCCACUGUUACUGAGCUCACCUCGUGUUUUAACGGCGACGUAGCCAUUCACUGCGGUUGAACAAUGGGCUUAUCGAAUGCGCCCAUAGGUAGUGGAAUAUGGAAUUGUCCUCAGUGCUGGUUCCUUGUAAACUAGAUGGACUCUUUAUUCGGAUGGACAUGAAAUCACCGACCAUACGACAACAAACUUUUAGGCGCGGCCGUACUCCUGGUUGGUAAAUCAGUUACACAAAAGAAGGUGAUAAGCCUAGGCGACAUUGUCGCUCGCACCUCUUCUUUAAGUGCAAAUUCAAAAAAUGACUUAAUUUAACACAUUGAGAGCUUAUGUGGAGACACUUUUGUGAAUCCUUUCUAGGAAAUAGGAUUAAUUUCAACUGGUUCUCCAUACGCAUUGGUAGACGCCGCAUGUAUACCAGCAAGUAGCGUCAGUAGGUGGGAUAACUCGUGAAAUGUCGACCGAAAUUCCGAAAUGCGUUUUCGUUUCGAAAAGAUUAAUUAAGAAGGGUUGUAAAGCUAAAUAUCCGACAGCAUAAUUCAGUUACCUCGGGAUGCUGGCUUUCGAAUGAACAUCUUUGGUCGCACGGAGAAACCACACUGUAAAAAAAUGAUUUCAGGUAGCAUGCAUUGUUCUCAUUGAUAUUCGAUGCCUUUGAAAAGUCAAUUAUAUUUCAUGGAAAACAUGCAAACAAUCUUCAUUCUUUUGCUCAUUCGGUGGAAAAUGACGUCUUCUUCCAAUUUUAUACUCGAAGGAAGGGUAUAGUUCGGUUUUAAAAAUGUGUCUAAUUGGGGUCUUUUUUUUAAUACCAUGCAACGACCGUUCAUAAACGUCAUGUCUCUGCAUAUAUCAAUGUGGCUUGCAAAGUUAACGAUAUGGUUCAAACCCACUGCUAAUUUUUAUGAACCCCAUAUACUUUCCUCUUAAUGCCGUAGAGAAUUUUUUGGUUAUCCGUACACGAAAAAUACACGGCUGUUAGUUUGUAAAGCCUGAAUGCAAGUGAAACGGUAGGUCGGGCUCAAAAUUAUUUGGCCAAAAAAAAAUCUUUGGCCAAAAAAACCUUUGAAGACCGAAUUAUACCCUUCUUCGAGUAUAAAACUGGAGGCAGACGUAAUUGUCUACUGAACGAACAAAAAUGAAUAUUUUUGUGCGUGCUUUCCCUGAAAUACAAUUGAAUUUUUAAGGACCUCCAAUUUCAAUGAGCAAAGUGCAUGCUACAUAAGUAGUCUUUUUUAAUGAGCAUGGUUUUUGCAUGCGACCGAAAAGAAGUUUGUUCGAAAGUCGGCAUCCUGAGGUUGCUGAAUUAUUUUGGAAUUAUGCUGCGGAGGAUUAGUUUGGCAACUCUAUUUUUUCGAAACGAAAACACAUUUCGUAAUUUUGGUUGACGUUUCAUGAGUAAGCCUUCCUACUGUACUCUGAUUUUUUGUUCGUUCCAUGCUAACCCGACUAAUCAACAUCGAAAUUCGGUAUUUUGUGGCAACACCUUUUCAGUGACAGGCCUUAUAUGUCAUAGUAAUUUAAACUACUUUAUCAACACUAAUAGAAGUCUGGUCGAGAUAUGCCGUGCGCCUAGUUGUGCUUCACGCUCCUGUGUACCAAACAUGUGGACAUGUUUGUCCUGAGAGAGAUCCGGAGCAUGGUUCCUGUGUUACAUACAGUACGUCCAGGCUGCGGAUUCUUUCUAGACCUCCAAGGUCGGGCAAUUCAGUCGAGCAAACUAAGAUCUCUGUUGAAGUAAAGUUGUUCACAUCCAGCCCUCUUGGUUUGGCGCAAGAUGCUUUGCGUAGAAAGCUUGAGAAAUCAUAUAAUGAAACUCAGAAUUUGCCCGCAAUUAAGCACCUCGUGACGCUCUGCGACUUUUCUCAAAAGAUAUACUUUACCUCUGCUGCAAAAACCCAUGAACAGAUGAAGGAAAUUACUAUGGACUCCCCAAGCUCCUGUUUAGAUGUAGUACUGUUCCUACACGAACAGGGUAAGUUUUUUUCAUCCACCAGAUGUCGGUAUUUGGCACCAUUGCAUUCACGAUCAAUUUGUUAUCGUUCAGAAUAACACGCUGCAAAAUGUUCAUAAUUUACUAAAAUCAAUCUUCGUAGACGUACAGUUUACGAAGGAAGAUAAGGAACAACAGCUGCCCUUCUUUAAAAUGCCCGCCAGACGAAGUACCAACGGCAAAAUAGAAAUUACAGUUUACGGGACGGUAGCGAACGCCACGCAACUUCGCACUUUCCACAACAACCAUUCGGUCGCUCACAAGCAGAGCUGCGUGCGAUACCCUGAACAAAUAGUCUGAUAGCUUUGCGAUCAGUUAAUGUAGGACGGCCAUCUGAAGAUGUUUGCAAGCUGAUGCCUAUAUGUUUGCUCUCUCAGGACCCAACCAGAGACAGGAUUCAUGGUAUGGUUUGCUCCGCCAAACACCAGAAGCCACCGAGCGCAUUGCUGCGGGAUUGAGUUUGGAAAUUGUACACCGGCUCAAAGCUACCAUGCACAACAGGGACAUAAAAAUCAAGUGCUGACUAAAUCCCAAGAAGUAGUCUGAAGUCGUGUACCACAUCGCAUGCCUAAACUGUCCUUGUAACUAUACAGGCCAGACUGAAUGCAUGCUUUGAUCGCGCAUACACGAACAUUAGCUGGAUGCGCAACCGAUUGUCGCAAAUGGCUGCCUAGACCUACGAAACGGGUCACGCGUUUAGUUCGCAGCCACGAGCAUAGUGGCCCACGCCGAGGCAAAACAAGCCAGGACCUCAGAUUAGAACCCUGUCAAUCGGUUUUAAACUGUCACCGGCACGCAGAGCCCUCCGAAGCCACCUCCCGACUGCCGUCACUGAUGUUUGAUUGGGUAGUGUCCCUAAUAACUGUGGCUUGUUCUGUUACCGUAUGUAUCUCCUACAAUGGACUCCUGCACGAGCUCGAAACUUGAGAUAAAUAAAAAGUGGUCUCAGCGAUCGGACUCACUUCUUGCCUACCUAAGAUUCUGUUCAAAUUUUCCACAAACAUUAGAGAAGUACAUUGUUUGACUGAUUAAUUUUUACCAUCAGGGGUCAUCCCUGGGAGCAUGACCUCAAAAAUAACUCAACUUGCUCGCCAAUCCCUUGCUUUAGGUUGCGCUCAUAAACGUUCCUCAAUUUUGAUGCAAUUGACCACAUCAUAGAAACUGCACAGGUUGAGUCACGUUUCUUCGUGUUUUCUCAUAUGUUCAGUUUUUUUUACCGCAGUUUACAACUGGCGCGUUCUUAUGUUAGUAUCGAAAUGUUUUUUGAUUUAAUUAUAAAGAGGUUUAAGAAGAGGAGUGCAUGCACCAACCUGUGAGGUUCAAAUUCCAAAUUCUCUGGAGCUAUUUCCAUUUGUUUCUCGGUUUUCUGAUAAGCGCCAUCAACAAAUGCUUAUUCUCUAGGCUACUCAAGUAUUCUAGCAGACUCUGCAUAUACAUAUUACAUAUAACUAUAUUUUUGAGAGAGGCGAUUUGGAUUUUGGAAACAGCUUUUGUAUAGAUCUCAAAUUAUUCUUAUUAGUCGAAAAGACCACUGUCGGUCUGUCUGACUAAUCCUUGAUAGCCUCUGCAACGCUGGUGCGUUUUCUAACAAAACCCGAGCAACUGGUCUUAACUAAAUGCAGUGAACUCGGCGGAGAUAAAAUUGGUAGGCAAUUUCAUAAUCUUCCGGCAAUUAACUGCUCGUAUCAUGUGCUAAUUUCGUGAACAUUCUCGAGGAGCAAGGGAUGAUUGGUAAUAACUACGACUCCUUUGUUGUAGGUCCUAUCUGACCCUCAGUUGCCGCGGGCAGCUAAAGUAGUUGGUGUGUUACACCUUAACAAGUAUGAUUUGGAAGUUAUUUCAAAACCCCUGUAAUAAUGAAUGUACAAUAGACGUAAGCUAAAAUACAUUUACAAUAUAUGUAAGAUAUUUCAGGGGGUCUGAAGUCCUCAUAUUAUAAUAUUUUACACGUAAUCUUAAUCGAAGUUUGGUGUCGUCGAAAAUCUAUUCAGAAACCAGUGUACGAGCACGAUUUGCAUAUCUUGGAAGUAUGAUGCGUAGUAAUCCCUAUCAAAAUCCCGCCUAGAUAAUCUUCUUUAAUCCAAAGUGCGUUUCAGAAUCUCAGAUAAAGUUUUACGAAACAUGCCACCUACUGCACAAACAAGUAUUCUCUAAUACGAAGUCCAGUACAAUGUUGAACACCUCGAAACUUUCUAGUGAUAUUUGUUUCUUGUCCAUAUGGCUGGUAGGAAAUUGCACGAGAACACCUUAAGUGUUUUCUCCGAUAUGUUGAGCAGGGUUUUCGCGUUCCAUUAUUCCUGCAAGUGAAUGCAAUGGACAUUGUGAUGAUGGUUUGGCUUAAUUCUGUUGCGAGUGCACCUUUUUAAUAAAAGGUACCUUUUGAUGAAAAUCCGGGUUUUGGAUGGUAGUGUUCAAAUAUACGCUUUAAUUAAAUGAUGGUUUAGGAGCAGAUUGAAACCGUCGCUUUUAAGCAAACAACUUGUCUCUGUAAUAUUCAUAAAUCCUGCAGAAAUAAUAACAUUUAGAAUCUUCACACACGCCUUUGUGGUUUCUGCAGAGUACAAACGCCGAUGCCUGUGAUUGCAACAUUCCAGAUUCCUUCGAAGAAGUAGGAUUUUCACAGUUCUUUCUCCCAUGAGAUGAGUCUAUGAGCAUCUACUUCUGUUAUCAAAUGUAUGAAAGUAUCUAAGUUAAUCCACAAUACCGACUAAUUCCUACACUGAUGUAAUAAUAACUCUAUUACUGAGACAAUACAGGACCUAAUCCAUAUGCUAUUAUACAAAACCGACGUAUAUCAUGAGUCUGAAUUUCUUGAAGGGUUUAUGUUAAAGUAACUAAGAUAACGAAAAUGCGAUAAAAAUGAAUUUUGAUAUUUCAAUAACCGCCUCCUAAGUCCACGGUUCGGAGCAGGCAGCUCCUUAAUAUUUGAGAGGAGAUACUCUGGACCGCAUUGCAGUCAUCUGAAAUUCCUAGCUGUUCCAGUUUUUACCCCCUCUUCCCUAUCAUACUCUCCUUCAAUACCCUCAAUAUCUACUAAAGCAUAAAAAGAGUGCCGGCAUUUCUAGACCUCUGUCAAAGGAGUCGACUAGAAUCAAAGUGUUUUAACAGUUGUGUUGAUUUUGGUUUAUGCAAUUCCAUGAAUAUUUUGAUCUAGUAUGUGCGUUUUGAUCUCGUGCUAAUUCCUCAUUUUACUUCACAUUUACCAUUCUUCGAAGUGCCAUAUAACAUUCUGCGUUGGCGUGCAAAAUGUAAUUCCUGGCGUACGGCAACCUUUCAUGAGUUAAACUCAACACCACUAAAUGCUUAGUUUGAGAACUCUGAGUUUUGUAUUUUGUCUCUGUGCACGGAUUUGAUGGAUGAAAAACUCACCCGAGGUGACAGGGUUAUUUCAAAUAUGGACGUGGCAUUUAAAAAAAAAACGUGUGUCCACAAAAGCUGGCAUAUUCAUGGAAGUACAGUUAGAGCAGUGCGACAUGCGCCAAAUCACAGUUUCAACUAGUGGUGGAAAUAUGUCGAUUCUGCUUACAUAUUUCGUGAUGUUUCACUGGAACGCGUAGAGACACAUCAUUGCCUUACACCCUCAGACUACUUGGGAAAGUCACAUGCAAAAGGGGAUUUUUGAACGUUCUUAGGGUUAAAGUUAUUUCAAUUAAAUGAAUAUAUGACGAUUCGGACCGAACCGCCAAAUCCUAUUCCUAUGGACUUAGUUAACAUAUAUCCACUAAUUUAUGGUGUAAUUACUGGUCGUUCAUUACUUCCAACCAUUGUUGUCAUAAUUGCAAUCAUGCUUCCCGAUUUUUACACAAUUAAGUUUAAAUCAUGAGCGGAUGCUGAGUAACGUUACAGACACCCUCCAUAUGUCGGAAAUCAAAAGAAAAAGUCGUUUUAAGGAACAUUAUUCAAGUUUUCUGAAGUUUUUGUCCCAAUCAAGCAUGUUUUCCCCUCGUUAGCUUUAAUUUUACCUGUUCAGUCAACCAUAAGCUCUUUCAUGGGAGAGACAACUGUUCACACUAUCUUCACUAAGUGUUUACACAGCGAACGAAUUAUGGCUUCGAAGAAAUCUACACUCGACUGCUAGUGCUGUUAAUCAACAUUGACAAAGACCGGUUGUCUCGCAUCAAAUAGCAGUUGCCAGUCAAUGCUCUUGCGGACUAAAUAUUCCAUUGGCCUGGUCUAUAUUCGCAGCUGUUUACUGCGGGCUCGCAUCCAACAGCAACGUCUGUCCGCCCAGCAUUCUAAUCCGCCAGAUAAAUUAUCUUCAGAGAUCUAGUAGCCGAAGUUCCAUAUUUUUCUACUGAUGUCGAAUGGUGCAAAUACAGAAAAUAUUUCAUUGAAUAGACUGGGGAGUUUUCCGAUGUUUGGUGUGCGAUUGCACCAAGCGGCAAUUUAUUUGCACUCAGCGCGCUCAUCCAUUCUGGUUUGCCACUGACGUUUCUUACUCGGGAGGACGGGACAAUUGCUGCACUGCGUGAACCUUACCGAAUUUAUUGCUGCUUAGAACGGUUGUUUUCACAUAUGCUGCUUCACAGAAUGAUUUGCGUUUGAGGUGCAGCCGCAUCGGUCGGUUAAUUCUAAAAGCAUAGGCAAUGUUUCGCGAGGUAUCUGGCUGUUUCACCGUGACCUCAGUGGUGACGACAAAAUAUAUUCGCGGCAAAAGGGUGAACUCGAUACAGACAUCCACAUAGGGCUUCUUUUAGGCCUCUGCGACUGCCUUUUGGGCUUAUCCAGAAUCGUGACGAUCCAGUUCUGCCAAGCGAUAAAUUUUGUCGUAAUGGUUGUCUAUUGAUAUUCAGAUGGGCGGUUGAUGAAUGAACAUCCGUUGUCUAUACUCCGGCCACUUAUGUAGGAGAACGUGCAUUUGGGCCUCAAGUGGUAUACAGUUGUCUAGAUUUUUCGCCUUAUUUAUAGCUUUUUGGUAAUGCGCCCCUCUGUUUACUUUUACCACUUUGUCUUAAGAAUAUCUCAGUUAUUUGAUAAAGUUUAUUCAUUUUUAAGAUUAUCAAUAUGAGGAUUUCGUCAGCCACCGGAAAUUACAACCAAUCAACGAGCGGGCCUUGUGGAUUAGCGUCGACCUGCCUGGGCAGGGAGAUGGUGAGGAGGAACUACCAGCAUCGUAAGUUCAGUUUAUUUCGUUAUCCAGCUUUUGGUUAAACUGUACUGUCAAACUUUAUACGUGCGAAUUCUGUGGACACCUCUGCACUUUUGGCAUUGGACACAUCUUAACAAUACGCGUGUUUUAGUUGCCUGUUGCCUGUCAGUUAAAAAAUAUAACGGAAAUGCUUUGGGAAUCCUUGAAAAUACGUAACGCAUUUAAGCAUUUCACCUCCAAAUCAUGUAAACAGGGCGAAACAGUUGUGAAACUCUCGUGAUAUAUAUAAUAUGAAAGAUUGGAUUUGUAUAUUUCGCCACUUUGGACCUAUAAUCGGCAAGUAUAUCAAUCUCUAAAUGGAGGAAACCCACUUUUAAAAUAGAACUGCGUGUACCCAAGCUCGAAAGAACAAAUAUUCUGUAAUUUGUUAUCCAUAUGUUGCCGCAAGGAAACAUGAACUACGGCACCUUGCUCAAUUCCACUAAGGUGGUAGUCUAGAAUCGUUGCACCUACUAAAACACACACGUAUAGGACUCAUGUUAAUGAGAUCAAAGAAAGCACUCACAUGUAAUGGACGUCCUAUAAUGACAGUUCAUCCGCCGUUACCGACGAUGUCCAGCGUGUGCCUCACAGCAAGGUGAUAGCAAGAACGGUUAUGGUGGUAGUAGACUUUUGUACCACCUACUGUAGUCACUUUUUCUCCCGCCUGAGCCCGGUGUCAAGACACAAUCAAGAAGACGGAAAACGGGAAAGUAGGCGGGUGGCUGGCACGUCAACAUCCGCGCCUAGGCGUGUCAUCACACCCCUUUGGUUUACAACAAACACUUGACCAAGAUUUUAACAAACAACAAGAAUGGGUCAAAAAAUGAGCACAAAGGCAUUUGCAGGCAGGCAAUCGGAUGCCAUUUAAUUGUCAGCGCACACCAAACUGCAAGGACCAUAGUUUGCCGAAAUGUCGCAAAGUAUAUGCACACAAUCUAGGUCAUAUACUCUUGGACACUAUGAGCGCAUAAAAGACAGGCUUAAGGGACAAAAGGUAUUUAAAAUCCACCAUUCCUAGGCCAAAAGCGAUAGUCUAAGGUGCAGACUUCUAAUAGCAUUUCAUUCAGUACUUAGUACCUAAGCAGAACUACCUUUUCAUCACCGCUCAAUAGAACUGUUGAAUUUGAGUGACGGUUUUUCUGUGUACUGCCUAUGCAAGGUUUGCUUGCAACAGCAGUUCCUACACUCUCUUUGUUUUGAACGUCAACUCUUUGGACAAACUUGCGUUUCGUUACUUCAACUCUGUAACUACCGUUUAGAAUCCUACACGCUGGCCAUUUGAACGUGCAUCGCUGUCCUAAUUUAGGACAGAGAUCCGAAAGCUAUUAAAACACUGUUUUCGUGAAUUUGCCCUGUAAGUCCAAUUAGGCCGUGGCCUAGUGGCCAGUCAAUAGUAGUGAAAAUGCGAUUCUCAGAUGGCAUAUUAAAGGAGGAAGAGGCGUUCACCGAAAGGGGUUUAUUGGAAGUCCGAUGUUCCGAGUAGUUGAUUCAUCUACCCAUCUUCAGGGACUGGGAAGUCCUGCACUCUGUUCAAUGCGUGACCCGCCAAUGCCGCCUAUGUGGCUGCAUCCAACCCCCGUGUCACUGUGACCUGAAUCGCCCCCGUCGGCCGCGGAGAUGACUGACGGCCCCGGUUGUCCCGAGCCGUGACUGUCCCCCGUUAAGAAGGUUCGUAAAGUCAGAUAGGGGGGAGGCAAAUUGAUGUGGCGGUUGAAGGAGCCGUUGGUGGACAUCCAGGCUUCUUGUACUUGCUUGCUGUAUGAUCACCGCCCCGGCCCACAAUUGCAACACAGUCAAAAUUGAAGAUGUGUCCCAUUUGUGCGGCAUCGGUUGCUACCUCCGACUUUGGGUCCAACCUUCGCAGGGCCAACUUAUGGGUCAACAAUCUGCCGACAAGUGAGGCGACCAAAAGAUCCGAUCCCUAAGUAGGAGAUGUUGGCCGUUGUCCACCGACUUCAAUGCAGCUGCGGAAGGUGCAACUACUUUGGGAAACCGGUGGACCGCUGCAAACGCGAAUGCACGAGCAUAAGUUGGCUGUGUGAAGGUUGGACCCAAAGUCGGAGGUAGCAACCCAUGCCGCACAAAUGGGAAACAUCCUCAACUCUGACGCCGUUGAGAUUGUGGGCGGGGGGAGGACGAUGACCAUCAAAGCCGUAUACUCUCGGACACUAUGAGCGAAUAAAAGGCAGGCUUUAGGGACAAAAUGUAUUUAAAAUCCACCUUUCCUAGGCCAAAAGCGAUAGUCUAAGCUGCAGACUUCUAAUAGCAUUUCAUUCAGUACUUAGUACCUAAGCAGAACUACCUUUUCAUCACCGCUCAAUAGAACUGUUGAAUUUGAGUGACGGUUUUUCUGUGUACUGCCUAUGCAAGUUUUGCUAGCAACAGUAAUUCCUAUACGUUGUUUGUUUUGAACGUCAACUCUUUGGACAAACUUGCGCUCCGUUACUUCAACUCUGUAACUACCGUUUAAAAUCCUACACGAUGACCAUUUGAACGUGCAUCGCUGUCUUAAUUUAGGACAGAGAUCCGAAAGCUAUGAAAACACUGUUUUCGUGAAUUUGGCCUGUAAGCCUAAUUUGGCAUCGGCCUAGUGGCAAGUAUUGUAGCUGAUUCAGCAACCAUCAACCACCACCAAAUCACACAUUCUGCCAAGGCUCCCGAAUGAGCACAAUCCUGUUUUCUUAAAAAUUGAAUGGGUUGCCUAUAUCUUUUUUACUUUUGGAAAAAUUCUUUAAAUAUACACCAUCUAAGAAUUUAGUCACGAGACAUGCAGUGAAUGCGAAGUAGUAGUAAAGAAAUCAAAAGCCAUAGACUGGCCAUUUUGGGAAACCAAGCAACAUAAUACGGUAAGGGUGCUGUCUCACAGAAUGUUAGCCGGGAUCCUCGGAUGUGUUUUCGAUUCAAAAACUUUACUUAAGUAGGGUUGUAAUAAUAGUUAUCUUGCAGGAGAAUCCUAAUAUGUUUGCGUCGCAUCAGAGUGCCGUUUAUUUGAACAAAUUCUAUUCAAAUGCCUGCGGAAACUGCACUCAAUAAAAAGGUCUAUUUAUGUAGUGUAAAUCUUUCUUACUGGUUUCCGGUGUUCCAUGAAUUUGGGUAUGUUUUAUGCAAAUAUUUUUCUAUAUAUCCGUUAAAUAUCAUACUACGUCGACUUUAAAUUUUAUUCUUAAGGAAAGGGUGUCGUCCGGACUCCCAACAAGUUUGAACUCGACCCACCGUCACACUUAAAUUCACGGUUUCCUAACUCUACGCCGUGCAUUUUUUCAUAAAUAUAAUUAUUUAUUUCCAAACCUUGUUAAAAAGAUGUUAUAUUGGGAUUAUUCAGUUUUUCAAUUGAUGUGGAUUAUGCUUAUAUUUUUAAAGAAUUUUAAUAGGUGGGCAUUUGCGAUGAUCUAUGAAUGUACAUGUCACGAUCUUAAAAAUCUGAUAGUUGGGAAUCUUUUGGAACCGAAAAAUGUCCCCUCUUCGAGUAUAAUACUUACAAAAGACGCUAUUUGCCACAAAAUGCGCACAUAGGAUUAUGGAAACCAAGCAGACUUCAAAGUGUCUGCUUAUUUUGGUUGAUCGAGAGUCAGUUCUGCGAAGGAACUCGAGAAUAAAAAUAACUACAACAUUUUUAAAGAUUUUAAAAACGAUUUCUUUCACAAUUGCGCAUAGGUUUUCACGGAAAAGAGUUAGGUCUACGAUCUGAUUCUAAAUCUGUCGAACAUCAUAGUUUUCUUUUUUUCCAGUCUAGUGACGUUGAGGACCUACCUCUGCGAAAACGUUUCCGUGACUGAUCUGUUAUCCGCAACAGACCCACCCGCUGGUUUCAGUUUUAAUGUUUUAUUGCACUGUCGAAGUCUGAAGAGACUAAAGCAAAGUUGUUUCUCGAAACAUUUGGCAAUAAAAAAAACUUUAUCGAAACAGUUGAGAAAGGCUGCUUGUUUUAUGCACAACCUGAGAACGUCUUAAGGUAGAUUUUUUCUUAGCCCAAGUGAUUCACUUUGGAAUUGUACCCAAUGGCAUUUGAGCUUCUUUUACUGGCAAACUAUGUCCAAGAUUGACCUGUGUUGAUUUUAUGAAAUGGUCGAAUUUUGAAUAAUAACUGCCAGUUUACUUUCUGUGAUAAGUAUACGUCAGCACCUACCUUACCUGUACUUGGUACGGCUGCGAUCAUGCCCGUUCCAGCCGGCUUCAGUGACGUCCCGAACUGUACUUCUCCACGUAUGACGACCCGCGACAGCGGGUCCGGACAAUUCAACCCAUUCUCUUCGCCAACGACGGAGACUGCAUACCGAAGGUCUGAGAACAACUUCCGUGUUUUUGCCAACUGUGUCUAUUGAGGUUCUGAGUUGACUCCCACUUUGACGCCUGACUUUGGGCAACAGUGUCGGAUCGAGGGCAGGAGCAUUGAGCUCCUGAUGUGGAUGACGAUGAACGUGCCCAAAUCACCUCCGUCGCCUUUCUUGGUUGGCCUGGGUUAUCCUUGCGAUGUUGUUGCUGGGAGUGCGGUCUGUCUCAUUUGAGACGGAGUCGGUUUACUUUACUCAAAAGGAUAGUCCUCAAGCAGUGGUGGUCAAAUGUCUCCAUUCCUCUUUUGUCCUCCACGCGCACAGCCGAGCAUUCACAACCAUGGAGAAGGAAAACCGGACAGAUGCAUGGUACGCGCGAAUUUUGGAUGGCGAUGAGAUGUCGCGACUGAUCUAUAUGCCCUUCCUAAGGCUUGGGAAAACCCGGCGGGUAACAUCGAUUCGGCAGACAAUGUCGUCCUUAUUCUGUCCGUUCGGCAGCACCCUCGGCUCGAGAUAGUUGAAAACUGUCUACUUCUUCAAGGUGAUAGUCGUCAAUCUCGAGAGGUGUCUUUUCCUCGUCAGGGAUCUAGCUUGAAACCACUUUGGUCUCUCCAACGUUUCUGGGCAAGCCAACCAAUUUAGCGAUAGCGUCCACCCGCAACACCGUAGACUGCAGAUCACCAAAACUUGAAGCUGCUAAGGGAGUAGCAUCGGCAUAGUUGAGAUCACUCAGUCAGCGCCCGGACGCAAACUCAUUUUCGUGUAGUGUCCUCCCGAGAAUCUAGUCAAUAGCGUAGUUGAACAAAAUGGAUGAGAGUAUGCAACCUUGUCGAACUCCACUGUUAAUAUCGGACGUUUGAAAAAGAUUGAUAUGGGUCAGAACUCGCGCAGUAGUGGAGCGGCAAUAGACCUUGAUCAUGACGACGAGUUCUGGCGGCACACUAUCUACUGUCAUUAUUUGCCACAGGGGCCCACAAUGGAUGGAAUCUAACGUGGAAAAUAAGUCAACAAAACAGACGGUCUUCGGUUGUUGCCAGCUAUGGUGGAAUUCAAAAAUGCGUCUCAGUGUUAAUAUCCUGUCUGCGCAUCCACGCACAGCAGGAAAUCCGGCUUGGUUGGGCCUCGUCUUAGAGUCACACAGGGCCUGGAAUCGCCUGAGUAGAACAAUAGCGAAGACCUUCGCAGCAACGUCGAUGGUGCUUAUGCCGUAGCAAUUCUCACAUCUUGCCUUAUCUUCCUUUCGAAGGACAGGCAGAAGGAUGCCCGAACCCCAGUCAUUAGGAGAAAAGUCGUCUUCGCACGCUUAUUCAGUCACCUGAUGGGGCUGGGACGCCAGGGUGUUGACACAGGGCUCGUGGAUUUCAGCGGGUAAACCGUCGUCUCUGGUUGUCUUGUUGUUAUGUAACCCCUGUAUGGCAUCGGCGGUUUCUUCAGAAGGGGUCGCAUGACACUGCAUAGGUUGGAGAGGGAGGAUAAUCCGCUGCUGAGGAGAGCACGGUUGUGGUGGCUGGGUAUUGAAGUUGAGAUGGUGCUCGAGGUGCUCACGCCAGUGCUCGACCUUGGUCCAGUUUUCACCAAUAAGGCCAUCAUUCAAGUCACGAACAGGGUCACCCAGUGCAGAGGGCUUACCAUUAACAUAGCGGACAAACUAGUAGAGUUUUUGAUUGUCACAAACUUUCGAGGCCUGCCUCAUGCAAGUAGCUACUUCAGUCAAAUAUUUGUUUCGGUCAUCCAUGGCCGACUUUUUUGUCACUUCCCGGGGUUGGCGAAAGGAAUCAUCAUUAUGCUACCUGACUCGAACCGUCUGAGCAGAAAACUGCAGAGUUCUUCCACUGAUCCAGUUGCUGCGACUUCGUUGGGUAUAUCCAAAAAUUUUCUCAGUUGCCCCAUAUAUUGAUGUUUUUAGUGACAACCACUAAUUGCUGUAGUCUUCGCCGAUUCUGGUCGUAUAAAACGACGGAAUUUUCUACUCCGGGCUUCGGCAGUCCUGGGUCGUCGUAUAUUUGUGACAUCGAGGCGUCUAGCACGUGACAUUUUGGGCAUGAAUGAGCGGUCAACCUUGGAGUGCGUACGAGCGAGGACGUGGUCUGACCCAUGGGAGUAACCAGUUUCGGCACGAUUCCUAAAAUUCCUAACCACACUCGAAAGGUCAUGUUUCCGUAGCCUACUGUAAGAGCGUUCCACCUGCAUUCGCACUAAUCUCCUGACUAAUUUACGUCGCAGGUCUUGUUGGCGCAAAGUUUUGGUUAGAAAUGAAUGAUAGUAAAUAAGCCAGCGAUGAUUAUUCCAUUUUGUGGUGUCGUUAGAAUGAUUAUUGUUCAUUUUUGACCGUAAGAAUCAUAUAAUCAAGUCGCGCUGCACUGAAAUAGUACAUUUUGACUUGGCAACUCAGAAAAUGAAUCCUUCUGUCCUGUUUCUAGUCCUUUUCGAGGGUAUUGGUAGGCAGCGUAACCUUGGACAAAUUCUCAUCUUUUUUAAUCCUAAAACAUGUUGGAUGCAAGCAAGCCAGUAGGUUCUUAUGGAUUCAAUUGACAUUCCAUUGUAGAUUUUUCACUUAAGCGGCCUAAAAUUGAAUUCAAUUUUGAGCUUUCAAUUACUAAACCCACUAUCGUGCUGCCUUAUUACAUAUAGUAUGUAUUAUAAAACACCCAAUUGUCCCGACUUUCCAUGACAUUCUGCUUAGUCGCUGUAAGUUCAAACCAUAUUAGUUGAAUUUAGUACGAAAGCAUCAUAAGUAAAAAUAUUACUACAGGGUCUGCUGCGUAAGUUGCGACUGUUAACUUUCUGAUGUAUUGUCGAACAUUUAAAUCGGCAGUUUCGAUUCAUCUCUCCUAACAUUAUGGUUAUAGCCCUCGUACAAAAACCAUCAUUUAUCACUCGUGACAUCCUGUAAAAAUACCGCUUUAAGCAUAGUAUCUGGGAGACUGGCGUGGAAUCUUUAUUAUUUUCGCCUAAGGAGUUCAGAUUUUUAUUUUUCUAGUUCGUUAGUUUGGUUUCUAUCAUGCAAUAGGCCCCAUUAUGAAAUGCACUAAUACCCCCAUGAAAUAUUGAUAAGUUCACGAAAAAUAAACAAGGAGCCGAAACCGACCCAAAUGCUUCGUAUAAAUUUUUUGAUAAACUGUAUGCUCAAGAGGAAGUAUUCGUUGGUUAGAACUGAUGUUUUUGAAGAUGGAAAAUGUCGCAAUCGCGGGAGUUCGUUUUCAAUAAGUAAGUAUGAUCGUGGAAGUGCACAGUCCUUUUCUAUCCAAAAGAGGAGUAAACAAAGUAGCGUGAGCACAGCAGGAUUUAAAAGGCGCUUUGAGGUAAUCCUCUGGCCGAGCGUUCUCCAAAGAUUAGUGGAUUCCACGGUAUGACGGCCAGUCAAUCCUCUUGCCCUUACCAACUUCCAGCAAAACAUUGUUAGGAAUUUUCGAUGUACUUUCACAUUUUCAUGUCGUCCGAGGCGCCGUUGAAAGGAAUUUUCUUAAUUUCGCAGGUAAGAGGCUUCGAGAUGUUGUCACAUAUUGGAUUCUAAGCGGUGAUAACUAAUUGCGACUAAAGUCAGAAGAUAUGCUCUUUCCUGCGUAUGAGGAUUAACGCCCUUCCGAAAAAUUACUGAAUACUUUCUUGUUACAGGUACAAUCUAAUAUAUUUCCUUGAUUUCAUUAAUUUGAACGGGGUCAUUUAUCAAAAAAUACGCGCAUACGUCUAUAUACGUUCUAAAACAUAUUCCGAAUAUAAAGGAAAGUUGGCUUACGGUUAAGGACUACAUUUUUUGCCUGAAUAAAUUCAGUAGCAACAUUCUGUGUGGCCUUUAACGUAACGUGCCCGACUACGUAUUAAACUAAACAGCGUUCCAUUGAUACCGGAAGGUUCAUUUUGGUUUCGCUUAACACGGUUUGCUGGCUCGGUUGCCCGCUGAUCAUGUUUGCCUGGGGCUUUUAGGGUCUGCAAAUUCUAAUACCAGAUCGUAUCAAGUUUCUGUCGAUUUGAGUGGCACAGAUUAGUGUGAGCCUUUCUUUGUGCACUGUGAGUGAUCUGCUGGUGUUUUAAGAUGAGCAGCUGCAAAUUUGUAUAAUUGAUGACGAUAGAAGUAGAUCAUAAAACCUAAGGUCCAAUCUCAAAAGUAAACAGGACUUAAGGAAAUCACUCUUCAGAAAAAUACUUGCUUUGUACUUGUCUCUUAUUGGUGCACGAGUAGUUCAACUUGGACACGGUAUAGCAAGUCAGUUUAGGUUGGUGUAGGUUGGAUAAAGACUACGAUCAUGUAAGGGCCACUGUCUAAGACUCCGGACAAAUAAUAGCUCUAAACAAUCAGCGAAAUUCAGUAGGCAAAUGCUUGGUCAUGCAUAUACAUCAUUAUACUUUUGGAUUUUGCUUGAAACAUAGGCAGCCACUUAAUGAUAGCAAAAAUGCGAGUCUCUAGUGACAAACCAUAAGAAAUAGGGGUGUUCAAUUGGAGAGGUUAUUUGCGGUCGGACGUUUUAAGUAACCAUUUUGACUCCUUCUAUUAGCAAGAACAAUUUUGCAGUUUCAUUUUUCGCUCUACAGGUAACAACGAAACCCGAAAAAAAGUCUAUAUUGAGAUAUUUCCUCAUCCCUUGGAAUGAACCAUCUAGUCGUGGGACACUUAUGUGGAUUUAAUACAUCAUUAUUAGUUUUUAAGUUAAAAACUACUUUACAGUCCCCCAAAAACCAUGAAUUCAAUAAUAAAUCCCACCUUUCACUCAUAUCGUCAUCAAUGCAAUUUUGGCCUGAUAAUAAUGAUUCACAUCAAACGUUUGCUAAAAGUUCACCAGGUUUUUGUCAAGAAGAACUGACUGUUGAUAUUGCGCAGCCAGCUGCCCUGCUCCAUUCUUCUGCCAUUAACACAUGCCAAAGGGUCAGCAUCUCAUCGCCAUCGACACAAGGGAGUUCAAGGGAGCUGUUGAGUAAAAAGAUCCAGUCGCUGUAACAAGAAAGUUAUUGGUCUGACUUUUGGGAUUCUCACUCUUGUCUGUCAUGAGUCAGUCGCAGAUAAGAGGUAUGUAUGCACAAAGAAAGCAGUAAUAAUGAGGGAGGGGCAGUUAACAUGCCAUCACGUCUUUUAUUAGCAGUAUCCGCUCUCAAGAUAGGGGUCUUAUUUAGUGCAAUGAUUGCAUGUUAGUUCGCAACUCACUCGUUAAUUGCCGCAAUCUCAUAAACGCUGUUGAUUCUUUCCGUGAUAAUUACCCGGCAAUUUGUCUCGCUGUCACUGGAUAGCCGGGCAUACGGCAGCACUUAGGAGGAAGGACGCCAGCUGUUAGGUCGCGGCUCUUAAUACGGGACCCAUCUGUACCCUCUGGUUUGACGAGGCCGAAUUUCUAGUAAGAGAUGACAACUGCAUGAGUCGCAGGAUACUUGGGUCACGGUCCUCCGGCCCACAAUCGAUUAACAAACGCAUCGAUCUCCCGACUCCAUAUUCUGUGUUAAGACUGUCUGGGCAAAGCUAUUGGCCACAUAGAGAGAGCGCAGGCGGCCGACAUUUUCAGUGACAGCGAGUCAGCCUUUUCAGUAGUUAUCUCGCCAUUAUUCAGUAACGUGGAUGAAAUUACGGCUAUUAAUGCCUUGAUUGCGGAUUAGCAAGCGAUGAACGCAGGUGCUGUUAACUACGCAGGCUGCGGUUGCAGGCCAACGGUGUCUUGUAUUACCAUUACACUCCUUGCGUCUCCAUCGCCCUUAUCUCAGACCGUCUCAGGUAAUUGGUUCGAGUGAGAACCCGAAGCGCCAAAUGAUAAACUUCUUAUUCCAACGCUUGCAGCUCCUCUUGAACCUUAUCAUUAUUCAUUUGCAAAAAAUUUAGGUAAAUAGUUUUACAUGUUUCCACUGCACUGAAAAGUUUACAACGAUUUCCAAUAAGAUUUCUUUUUGAAGCGAAUCGGGUCUGGCACUCGAACAGCCAUGAAUAAAUCAGAUGCAAAAGUGUUCGCCUUUGUAACCAAUGAUUUGAGGCCACGGAUACCUAGGUAAUGCAAAACGUUCAGUGUCUAGGCUUUCAAAGGUCUUGGCAUAUUUUCUUGGACAAAAAGUAAAAUUGAACAAAAUUUAGCAACUACGAUGCAAACAGACUGAAGUUUUCAUUUUCGAUUUGUCUGUCGUCAAAGGCCUCCUAUAGACUAAAAGGACUGAGAAUUUGAACGUUCUAUCGGAUGAGGCACGGGUUUUCAUAAAUUUGGCCGAGAUCGGUAUUCCUCAAAUGACGCGGCAAUAGCAUUUUUCCGAUCUGGCCCAUAUAAGAGGACUCUAGACACGUACCCAAAGAUCGAAGGAAGCUUACACAUUCCGUUAUGCGAAAAUCAUAUAAUAACGAUCAUCGGGAACAAUUCCACAUACACGCGUUUCUCUAAUUCCAUAAUUGAUAUACGAGGCGACAGAUGGCAGCUGAGAUCAGACGCAGAAUUCUCCGGUGUAAAUAUUUUUUUGCUUUCUGUGAAAUGACUGGAUAUUUUACGAUUUGUAAAUUUAUUUAGCCCACUGAAAAAUAAAUUGUAAAAGUUAUUCUGCAUGCUUUUAUCAUGAUUACGAAUUCGCAAGAAGCCUCUUACGCAUUUACAAAACUAUUGGCGAAGUGAAUCAGAAUAUCGCUCUUUUCUUUUAACCUACGCGCAUAUCAAAAUUAUCGUAGGUCUCCCUCGCCCUUUUUGUCAGAAACAAUCCUACAACAAAUAGCCAGACAAACCUGUUUUGAAAACCAUAAGGUUUUCUGGCUCAUACUUCAUCUUUUGAUGCUGCUUUCUAUUUUAUAGCAUACAGUCUAUCUUUGGUUGUGUGGUAUCGCUUCAAACACUGCAGCAACCAGCUUUUCCGUUCAUCCAAGUACUAGCGUCUCAUAUCUGACUCCUGAUCUACCCCUUCCGACCCUUUUGCAGAAUGCAUCCCUCUGUAGUUUAUAACAGUUACGUCUGAUUGAAAAGAAGAACGUGAUCACGUUAAGCGACUGCAAUCUUCACUUUGACGCGCGCUUUUUACCAAGUCGGCGCCGUUUCUGAUUGAAUGCCACCGUUUUAUUUCUAUGCAAUUAGCAAGCGCACAAAUACUUUUUGAAAAAAUCUGUCAGUCGACGUGACGAAAUGAUGAAUUUACCUAUCCUAAAGGGCCUUGUUUCUUUGUUUUCACCGGAAUCCGUUUUUUAAUGUCGGUUAUAUUAUUACAAUUCCUGAGGUGUCCUAUUAAAGUUUGACAUUUUUCGUAUAACGAACAGAGCCCAGGUACUCUUUACGUAUGGGUUGCCGGGAGUUUAGGGUAACUGCGAAACUUUGCUUCUAUAGUGUAAAACCUUUGGUAUGUCCUUUUCUGAGGCAAAAUCCUGACGUUGAUUUAGAAGUCAAGAAUUCUGAUAAAACGAAAGUUUUGCAUUAUCUAAAUAAUUACCUAUUAUCUAGUCACUGCAUUGCUCAUGAAGACGAGCUAAUAGCUUUCUACGGAGAGCAGACGCAUUAAUCAGACACUGGUUUAGAGUUCUGAUAAGUUGCAGAAAAUAUGAGCUCGUUGACUGUCGAUUGCCGACGUCACUAUAUUAAAUAACUAAUCCACGUCCGGGCUGUGUGCGCCUGUUCUGAACUUUUCGAUUUAGAUGGCACCUUGAGUAGAUCAAUGAGACGGGUGGAGGUCGGAUUUCGACUCUUCGGCGGUCAUAGCGCCUCAUAACAAGUGCCUGACAGCUAGACUGACCGAAGUCAAGACAAGCUGACAUGACCUCCUGAAGCCUACAGUAGGUGGGCUAACUCAUGAAAUGUUAACCGAAAUUCCGAAAUGCGUUUUCGUUUCGAAAAGAUAAAUUAAGUAGGCUUGUAAAACUAGCUAAUCUGCCGUAUAAUUCGAUAAUAAUUCAGUUGUCUCGGGAUGCCGGCUUUCGAAAGAACCCCCUUCCGGCUGCAUGCAAAAACUAUACUCUGUAAAAAAUGACUACUUAUGUAACAUUAAUUUUUCACUUGAACUUUCCAUGCCCCCAAAAUUCCAAUCAUAUUUCAUGGAAAGCAUGCAUAAGACGAUUCAUUCAUUUGCUCAUUCGGUAGAAAAUUACGUCUUCUUCCAACCUUUUACUCGAAGGAAUAGUAUAAUUCGGCUUUCAAAAACGUUUCCAAUUCCUGAAUAAUUUUGAGCCCGCUCUGCCGUCACACUUUCGUUCAGGGUUUCCAAACUACAAGCCGUAUAAUUUCCGCGUACGAAAAACCACACUCUUCAACGGUAUUAAGAGGAGACCAUAUGCGGUUUAUAAAAUAUGGCAUUGGAUUUGAUCCAUAGAGUUAACUUUACAAGCCACAUUGAUAAAUACAGAGACAUGACGUUUUAUGAACGGCCAUUUCAUGGUAUUAAAAAGUCCCGCAAUAGGAAACUUUUUAAAACCUACUUAUAUCCCUCCUUCGAGUAUAAAAUUAUAAGAAGACGUAAUUAUGUACCGAAUGAGUGGAAGAAUAAAUAUUUUAUGCAUGUUUUCUAUGAAAUAUAAUUGGACAUUUAGGGUCAUCGAAAAUCAAUGAGAAAACUGCAUGCUGCAUAAGUACUCAUUUUUUACAGGGUAUAGUUUUUGCAUGCAGCCGAAUUGAAGUGUUUUCCAAAGCCGGCAUCCUGAAGUAACUGAAUUAUUAUAGAAUUAUACUGCAGGCUGAUUAGUUUUACAGCCCUAAUUAAUUAAUCUUUUCGAAGCGAAAACGCAUUUCGGAAUUUCAGUUGACAUUUCAUGAGUUAGCCCACCUACUGUACAGCUUUCCGAGCCGAACCACAACUUUUGGAAUUCCUGGAAAAUCAUUGCCAAUAUCCGAAUGUAUUUACGCCGUGAAUGCUUUCGUAAUUUAAAAUGAGACAAUAACAUUUGAGAAAUAUUAACAUGUGCGAACCUUAUUACGAAAUGGCUUUUAUAAAUGCCUUAAACAAUUUCCCUCUGCUGAUCCAAGCGAUCGACUCUCUUUCCUCGGAGCUAGACCGUGUUCGGUUUUUUAUUUAAAAAUGCCUAAAGUGUAGCAUAAGUGGCGGUUGGGCAUUAAGGAGAGCACUUUCUGACGUUCGCAGUUGGUGAGGUCGCUGUUCACUUCGAUCCAUUAAGUGAGGAAAACAUUUUUUAAUUAUACACUUCACUGGUAUAUUCACAUGAGGAAUUCAUUCACUCUCAUUUAAGUCCGAAGUUAACACAUCCCUCCUCAGUUCGACAGGCCACUGAAGAAUGUGUACUGUACAGAUACGUUUCAGGACUGGAGCAGAAAUUUUAUGACUAGAAUGUACCCUCUUACACAUGCGGCAAAAUACCCUUAAAAGUGGUUUGCAAACUUGCUGUGUGUUAUUCUGCAGACGUAGCUAUGAUUACAAUUUAUAUUCUUUCAGAAACACAGUGAUUCAAAACGCUUUCAAGGGCAGAAUUAUCAUUCUAUCUUAUUUACAGGUGUUACACCUCUCCUAUGGGAGAGUAUGUUCAUAUUACAGAAUUUCCGUGACAAACGUUAGACGUAUCCGUAUAUGAUUAGCAAUGAGAAAAAGAAAGUUGUGAAUUUUUGUGGUAUUUUUGGACGUAAAAUGUAAUUUCAUUGAAGAUUAUACCGUUUUGGUCGAAGUAUAUACGAAAACGAAAGGUCUUUCAAUGAGCAAACUGGCAAAUCUCCCGGUGUUUGAAUUUGCAUGUGCAUUAUUACAUAAAAAAUUUAUGGAGCAGGGAAUUUGGCCAGAAAGUUGGAUAUUUCAUGUGUGCCUGAUCGCCUGUCAUUUGUAAAAACUUUCUCAUGUGCAUUUUAUUUUGUUUACUUCCUCGCUUAAGAAAUUUUCAUCGUAGCUGCAAACUUUAGUUUGCGGAGCUUCGCAGGACAAUUUUUUGUUUCCUGUAUGCGAUCUUCCAGUCGUUCUUUAUUCGCUUUGUAUAUUUUCUACUCUUUCAUCACGUAAAAUACAGUUGAACUCAGACAGUUAUGCUGCGUUUCCCUUUAACACAAAUAUGCUGUCGCACAUAACGGCCACCUGCGAUGCGCCCAUGAGUGCUCUGGCUCGGAAGCUACUUUUCACGCACAUACACACAUCUAUAUCUACCAGGUAACAUUAGGGUUCAGGCAAUCGCUUACAACAACAUAAGGGGGCUAGUAACCGACAUACGUUUGCAUUUGACCCUUUUUCCUGAUUUUUAUUCUCGUGUGAUGCUAAUUGACUUAUGUGUGCGCUGUAAAUCUCAGAAUAUUGCGCGUUUUGAUGCUUAACGUUGGCCUGCACAUUUGAGGUACAGUUUGUAAAAAACUGAUAUGACACAUGAACUUAAAUGAUUGCUAACUCGUAAGAAUGUUUCACAAGGUUUGCUAGGCCAUAGUUACCUCACAGAAAAUGCCUUGUACCAGCAUACAUCCUUACUCACUUGGUUUAUUCCAAACUUAGGGAAGGCCAGACGCUCAAAAACGCUGUUGUUACUUUAAUAUAACUAUAAUUCUUUAUUCAAAUUAAGAAAGCGACCUAGCAAACGAUUUUCAAUGAGACCUUUAAUUGUUCAGCAUUUCCUAGCAACCGGGAAACAACAAACUGCAAGUUGCGUUGGCUGCGUUUUCAAUGACCUUCGUCAAAACAAAAGCGGUCUGCCAUUGUCAAACUUAGUUAACACAGGCCAUAAAAUACAAAAGAUAAUUCUAGCAUCCAUAUGCUCAAGUAAAGGGAAGCCAUUAUGGCCUUGGAGGGAUGGAAAAUGUUGCAAAACUCCAGCUAUUUGAGGAUCAGAUAAAUUGUUGUCUCAUGUCCCUUUUCUAGAUAUUAUACCAAUGUUUUUUGAGAAAUUUGAUUAUCUUGUGUUCCAUUUAAAAACUUGCAGCCGCCAUAAAGAAGGAAAAAUUCUUCUUAUUUCAUUACACGCAAUAUAUAUAUAUAUACAUAUAGAGAGAGUUUGGGUAGCCUAACACCUAUCCUUUGGAGUGUAGUAUGCAUAUUUAACUGUUCCUUAGAUUCUUGCCGUUUACAAUGGUUCGAUUUCGUUUAUGUCUUUGGCGAUAGCCCACAUGAUCUUGAAAAAUAAUUCGUUAGUUUUCGUGAUCUAAACUAAAGUUCAGUUAAGUCAAAAGAUAGUAGAAUGUGAAAGAUUCCGUUGCUAGCUUUUUGAUAUCCGUUUGGGCCGUUUGUAGGUUUCUGACUCCUUUAUCACAACUUUGAGUUGUCGGUAGCUAAUUUAAUUUUCUUAUUACCCUUUUGCACUUUCUACUAGCUACGUUUAUGAGCGAAGUCACCUUAUAGUUUGUAUUUAUUACUUGUGAACUUAUGGCACGCUAAUGACACUGAACUUGAGUGACACAUACGCAGAGUCAGCCAACCUACCAUCUGUCCAACGGUCGUAGUGGAAGCUAAAUGCCUCUACUGCUUUACGUGUGCUUACUCCUCUCACUUUGAACUUGAAUUUCCGAUAUGGAUACGUAUUCCAGAAUAACAAACUUGUCGUUUGUAGCCAUAUUCAUUCAACGAAACAUGAAGAACGUUGAAAAUAAUAUUAAACUCGCUACAACGUCAUCGUAGCAAAAGUAGCGGUGUUUAAAUCACGGAGCUGAAAUUUGCAUCUGUAAACUCGACUUGCGAAAAUAAACAGAUCUUUACAUGCGAAACAUGAGAAACGUUUUCGUGUCUAGGAAGAAUGUGGCUUUAUAACCAAUAAGCAUGGAUCGGCGCAUUGGCUCUAUCCUCCUGCGGAGGCUUUUAAUUUCUCACAUUAACAUUUUUUUUCUUAUGAUGACACAGGGUUUACCACAUGUCUGCCGUAAGAUUCGAUGAUAAUACCAACCACUAACGCAUGUUUCCGUAGCCCCUACAUGUUUAAAGUUCUGCACGCUGAAAGCAAAUUCGAAACAACCCAUCUGUUUACUUAGAAUACAGAUAAUGUAAAGUUGUGAGUUUUAUCUAAAUUGCUUAAAAAGCUUUAUGGGGAUGCUAUGGUUCUUUUUUGAAUUUUUUCAUUUUAUCGCUGUCAGUCGUACCUUUUUUCAUUUUUUUACAAACUGUCGACACUCGCCAGUUUUCUAGUAGCUGGAAAGCAACGAACAUUAGAUCGGGCUAGCCCAAUUUUAUUAUGCUAACGUAUUUGACGAAUGAAGUUCGGCUUACGUCGCCAAGGGGAAUUAUUUUAAGGAGCCAACUUUUUAUGAUAACUUUUGACUGCCGCUUCAGUCCUUUGUACUAUUAACUAUCACCGAACAAACUUGCUAAUACUUACAGUGCGUGACCGAUCUCAUAAAAUGUUAGUCGAAAUUCUGAAAUGCGUUUAGACUAAGAAGGAUUAAUAAGGUGGCGUAUGAUGUCUAUAUAUACAGCAUGGCACGUGUCCUUUUACCAAAUAGCCCGUAGCCAUUGCCAUAUUUUAUGAACUCUAUACAGGAUCUUCUGAGGGGCAUAGAAGAAUAUAUGAUUUUACUUACACGUAACGCAUGCAACUUGUAGACUGAAAUCGAUAAACGCUAAUGCAACGACUACUGGGGCUCGAAAUUAUUCGGGAAUUAGGGAACUUUUUUGAAAUCUAAAUAUACAAUUUCUUUGGCAACAAAAUUUAAAGAACAUGUGAUUUUCUAUGAAACAAGUAUACGAAAGCAUAUUUAUGUGCAUGUCUCGCAUAAAAUAUAUUUGAAUUUCUUUGACCAUACAAAAUAGGUAUGAAAAGUACAUGCCACUUAAGUAGUCAUUUUUUACCGAGUACGGUUUCUGCAGGAGGACAAAAAGAAGUUCAUUCAAAAGCCGACAUGCUAGCUUGUCCGAAAUACUAUAGGAUUAUGCUGCAUAAUAAUUAAUUGUACAACGCCACUUUAUUAAUCUUUCCUAGUCGAAAACGCAUUUCAGAAUUUCGAUUAACAUUUCAUGAGAUCGAUCACACACUGUAAAAAGUGCGUUCAUCGUUCUAAUUAAUGGGUCGUUCAACUAAUUCUGUUUUGGUACUCGAGCUAGAGCCCCGGAGGCAGUGAUACUGCCACUAGUAGUAGGGGCAGAGGGAGAUUAUCGGUCAUGCCAAGGGACAUUGAGAUGAAAAUUUUUGGCGCUUUAGUCGUCAUUUGUCAAGCAUACCCUAAUCCAGGUUUUCAGUACCUGUAUGUUCUUUGCUUGAGCCUUAUUAGGCCCAAAGCUCCGUAAAUUAAACUGUGGGUUCGUUUUCCCGUCGUCCGAAGUCGGAGAUGUCAUAUUUGAAGUACGUGUAUUGAUCAGGCUACGGAAAUGCCCCUCCCAUUGUGUUUUGAGGCCUGAUUAAGAUUCCUUCAUGCAGUAACACAGCGACUAGUAAGCAUAGGCAGACGGAGACUACCGAAUGUAAGUUCUGUAGAUUAUACUAUUGGUUGGCAAGGCGAAUGUAGGAGUGUAAGAAUGCAAUGCACUUUGAACGAAAAUGUCCGCUUGGUCAGUUGCCUAAACGAAAACAGCGCCCUCUCGGUCAUGAUUAGGAACGAAGUAUACCACGGCAUUUUUGCUUGUCUAGCACUUCUACAGUGAACAUUACUGUCCUUAAAACGCCUUUAGCAACGUUGAUUGCAACAAACUGUCCAUUUGUACUAAAACAUUGCGCUCAGAGUAAUUCUUGGUUUACGCAAACGACCACGGAGGAUGGGGCUACUAUGUGAUUGGGGAUGCUCAUCAGACCUGACAUGACAAAGGGAUCAAAAAUAACCUGAAAUGGUGACCAUAGUCCUGACGGAGGUCAGCACAUUCAGAUGCAUCGCCGGUCGUUUUGAGCUACGAAAGUCAGGAGUUAGUAUCGGUAUCCCGUUUAAAGCUUUUCAGUUUCCUGUUACGGCAACCAAUCAGAGUGGGUGUUUUCGAGUUUCCGAAAGUCAGGCAAAUCAUUUCUCCUGGCAUGCAUCUUCUGUCAGUAUUUAUUUAGUCUACCAAAGGUUGCUUCUAUAUUCUGUAACACUGUCUUAAAUGCCUUUCAUACCUAUGUGGUCUGAUGCCACUUUUGGCAAAAUCAUAUUUGUCUAUUUUAGAUAUACCUUUCCGUCGAUACAAACCAUUGCUGAAAAUAUGAAACCAGUUCUCGAUCAUUUUCGGUGAGUGUUAGCUUACAUCCAAUGCUCUUUUGCCAUUUCCUGAUUUUUUUGAUGUGUAAUCACCAAAAGAAUAUUUUGAGCGUUCAUAUAUAAAAUUCUUCUCCUAAGAGUCAGAUUAAUCCGGUAAGACUUGAAGAUAUGAUUGCUGACGGCAACAAUUUACUCAUCGAAGCUGUCAGGCUCCUACUCCGAUCCAUCUAUACAUCACGAAAUUCUGCGUUUGAGGAAAUUUGAGUAAACGAGACGCUCAACUUAGGCCAGCGUUACUAUUGAAAGGACAUCCCAGCUACGAUAUAGCUGCAUGCUUAACUGGCGGAUUAAGCUGCCUCAUGAAAGUCUCCAGAAAGACCGAUAGCACAUUUCGCACAUCCCGCCAACGAAAACAGGAUAAACGCUGCAUAAUGGCGUUGCGCUGCUCAAAAUACGCACACGUUGCGGCAUGCCGAGAGCAAAAAUUAACCAGAUUCGUUAUCUAGGAGGAUAAACUGAGUAGGAAGAGCUACCCCAGUGGUUCCAUCAACAGAUGCUAAGGCCCUCGCAUCAGCAGCAGCAGCAGCAUAAAUAUAGCACUUACAGCCUUACAUCAAAGGCGCUCUAUUACCCGUGAACUUAUUAUUCAAAGCGAUUCAUCCUACACCUGCCUAUGCCCUUAAUAUGCAUUUGAGUCAGACGCGCCAAUGAUCGAGUAGACACUUCGAAGCAGUCAAGUGUUAUCUACGGCAUAACUUGCUUUAACUGUCUAUGUCAUUAUGCAGGUCAGGUUUCCCGGACAUAAAGGAGUAUUUGCACGUUAUUGCACACUAGUCGUCGUGAUUACUCACUGCCUGAUUCAAUAUCACACUUUUUUCUGUUGCAUCGAUUGACAUAGAGAUGGCGGCAGGAUAGCGCGUGAAAUUAUAUAGGUGUGAGGAUCCGAUUAGCAUCGUUCAGCCCAUGCAUCGAAUUUGCGCCUGAGUACCAGAAGUAACUUAGCCAUGCUGCGAGGCUCCAUUUCAGCCGCAGGGUUACUAACUGCCACUGAAAUAAUAUCGCAUCAGUCGGGUCUAUUUGUAGAGCUGGGACGAGAACUGGUCCAAAAAUCCAGGUGAAUCAAAUAUUGUUGCCAACGACCGGUUCUUCAGUCUUGGCAAACGAGAAGCCUAGGAUGCGUAUAUUCUCACUCAUUUUUACCAAAUGUAUCUGUCUUACUCAAACAUUUAAGUAUAGGAUAGACAUGCCGGUUUCAAAGUCUGAACGAAACCCCUACGAAAUCGGAUAGGCUUCUAAUAAUUAUUUCGGCAAUUGCGCUCUACCUUCUCUGGGAUUUUCGAGACACGAUCAAAAACAUUUUCGAUCAAGUGAAUACCGCGUAUUCCUCGGGUGGCAAAGAAUCAGUUGGCGUUAAUUCGUACUCUGCUCCAAGGACGUCAGUAUCUGAUGCGGUCUAGUCACCAUUUUAAAACGCUCAUUUUCACUUUGGCUUAAAAGACGGUCAAACUGCAACGAGUAAUGAAUAGUUGAGGACCAACCAGUACAUAGGAACACUUGAUGAAAUUUUCCUUCUUACGUCGGGUUUUCUGUUAAAAAUAUGCUAGGGUUGGUCUGCAGUAGAACUCCUCCCCAUCAAACAUUAAAUGGGAUUAAGUAGUUCAAAACAGAGUUUUAUCAAAAUCAGACAUUUAUCGGUGGGCGAAAUUAACCUUUUACGUAUGGAUAGCCCCUGUUCCGAAAAGAGAGGGCUUUAUCUGCGGCCCUUUUUAAAGCAUUUUGCCUGUUUGCCGCACGACAGCUAUCUCGGGUCAGACUUUCAAGGUCCUUCCAAUCUGUCCUGAGAACGUCAUUUUUAAAUUUAGUAAAUGCAGCAGACAAGGUCCGAUUUCCCCUUAUCUGCUUUUUACACUUCUGCGAGAGUUAAAUGUUCUCCGGUGGGAAAUUUUUUGGUAAACGCAGAGACUAACCUGACCGCCAUGAGAUCGGUGAAAGUUACCAAGUAAAUGGUUUGAAUAUUCUUGACCUCUCAAUUUCACUCACUUAUCAACACAGAGAGUUUGUGAAUGUACAUUUUUUCAUGUAAGUUUACAGACUAGAUAAGUGUUUGCAAACACACUAUUUUGCAUUACUUUAGGAUCGAUCAUGUCGUCUUAUUUGGCGAAGGUGCCGGCGCAAAUAUUCUUGCUCGAUUCGCUGUAAGUCACAAACUUUAUGGGGAUUGUACUCAGCUGAAUUCUCCACAACAGUGGUUUACUUUUUAAUGCGUAGGACGUGAACUUGCUAGUUGAGAAAAAACUUCAGCAUAUGCGAGGCAUUCAUCUAGGAUGCCAUACCUCAAUUUCACUCUCUUACGUCUACUUAUGCGUCUCUCUAGACAAGUUAGGUUAGUCUUACGAUGUGUCCCCCCAAAUUGAGCAGUGCUCACUUAUUCCGAUUUCCUCUGAUAUUUCCCAAAGUGGUUAUCAUUAUUAAUUUAGAACAACUGUAGCGACAGUUAUUGUGGUCGACUACAAUCUCUUGGAACCUUUUUUAACAAAGGGCAAUGAUACUAAUGAUGCCAUUUUGCGCUGAAAAUACAGUCUUAGAAAGUGGAAUAUAGAAAUAUGAAUCGUUCUUCUGUUUAAAAAUGUGCAGAUAGGACGGCUUUCUUUGCCUGCCAAAAUAUGACACUGAUAGGAAUUAGGAAAAGUUCAAUUCUCAUUGAUCGCUAAACAGUGCUUGCUAACUGAUAUGCAAUGUGCGAUGAAAAACACGAAGUAGGGCUUCUAAAUUUUGAUUGGCUUUCACGUGUAAUAGAUUAUCAAACUGAGGUGUAGAAUUGAGUGACAGAAUACAUAAAUUCAAUCCGGUUCCCAUACGACAGCAUGGUGGCCCCAUAAUUCAACAUUCUAUCUCUCACCUGUGAGAAAUUAGUUAUGGCUACAUAAAUGCCUAAAUAACGUUGAUAUUCUAAAAAUUUUCAACGCUUUUAUAAGUUUUGAAACAAUUCUCGGAGCGAUGCAUAGAUAUGUAUUUCCUACCAGCCACUUGAUCGCAAAUAUAAUCGUCUCCAGGGUCUUAUCAGAAGGCAAUUGUGACAGUUAUUUGAGAUCCUAACGUGACGGCUAAAGUAGCCUGUUCCUCAUAAUGCACACAAAAUUGCCUGCAUCUGCUGCAGUAUUUAAUGAGCGUUAUAAACCUUAGCCAAAGAGCCUUAAAAGACAUGGGAUUUUUAAAGGAGCUUGCAUCGGUAUAACUCAUAAUUACGUAUGGUAUAUUGUGAACUGUCAUAUAAUUAUAAGAUAAUUAAACUUUGUGUAACAGUUAGUUUGGAAGCCUUGCGAAGAGGAAUAUGUGGUUCUUACACAGUAGGUGGUCUAACUCAUGAAAUGUCAACCGAAAUUCCGAAAUGUGUUUUCGUUCAGAAAAAAUUAAUUAAGUAGGGUUGUAAAACAGAUCAUCAUGCUGCAUCACUAUAUAAUAAUUUGCUUACCUCAGGAUGUCGGCUAUCGAAAUAACGUCUUUUCGGCUCCAUGCGAAAACUACACUCUGUAAAAAAUGUCUGCUUAUGUAGCAUGCAUUUUUCUCAUUGGUUCUCGACGCCCUUAAAAAAUAAGUUAUAUUUCUUAGAAAACAUGCAUAAAACUAUUCAUUCUUCUGCUUAUUAGGUCGGAGAUUUUGCCUUAUUUCAAUUUUACACUUGAAGGAAGAGUAUAAUUCGUUAUUCAAAAUCUUUUCUAUUCCAGAAUAAUUUUGAACUCGAUCUGCCGUUACACUUGCAUUUAGGGUUUGCAAACUACAGGCCGCGUAUUUUCUGCGUACGGAAAACCAAACAUUUCCCAACAGUAUUAAGAGAAAACCAUAUGGGGUUCAUAAAAAUAAGCAGCGGAUUUGAACCAUAUUGCUAACUUUAUAAGCCACAUUCGUAAAUGCAUAUACAUGGAAUUUCAUAACGGUCAUUUCACGGUAUUUAAAAACCUCCCAAUUAGAAACUUUUAAAAACUGAAUUAUUUUCUUCCUUAGAGUAUAAAAUUGAAAGAAAGCGUAAUUUCCUAUCGAUGAACUGCACGUGUAGAAUUAUUUUCGAAAUCAUGCCACGAUAGAAUACACUAAUGUGAGCAGCUGGGAUUCUUGUGAGUUAUCAUUAACCUUCGUGCUUUUUUACGUAGUAUUAAGGCAUCCUGAAUUAAUUUAUUUUCAAAACGAACUGAUUUAUAACAACAUUACCUCAUUUGUUUCUCUUUACCAGCGUAUUUUUAUCUAUUAUAGUAAACGUUUUUCUACUUCGCUUGAAGAAGUGCACCAUAUUUAUUAUUAAAAAUUUGUUUGAUCACAUUUUCUAGCUCUGAUCAGCUCAAACGCAACCACCCCAUCGAUUAUCCGAUACCCUAAAUAUAGUCAUUUAGGUUUCCCACUCGCAUUUAGACAUUUAUUUUCAAUGGUUUACAAUGACAUAGAGGACGUCUACUAUUAAUUCGUACGGCUAUUAUUCUAAAACCAGUUAGGUUUUUGGUUACUGACUAAGGUCUUUUAUUUAGUCCAAGCAGCCACUUUAACCCAAAAACAUUUUCAAUAUUAUUUUCACUCGAUAGUCAACAAAUAGGGGAGAAAGAUUUUCGGCUAAUUCCACACGAUUUCAUGUUACCUCUCUUGAGAUAAUCUCCACUUUGUGCCGACAAAAUUGUAGGGCACCAACCGUCAAAGCUGCUACUAUGCUUAAUUACAUGUUUUUAAUGCUUUGGAAAAUGCCUCCCGAUAAUGUUCGUUAAAGGCAAAAUAAUCUUAAGAUUCAACCGCACAGAAGACCUUGUCUUUCCGCAAGAAAUUAACUGAAGUCAGACGUAACUGGCAAUGUAAAAACGCCAUCAUUUUGUGUUAUUUUCUCUACUGCAGACAUAAAUGGGAAAAAUUUGGUCUCAUUCUUAAAUAGAUGGUCGCUUUUCUUGUCAGUUAUGUAGUAUUUCGUGGUAUUUUCUUAUCCUGCACUGACAUAAUCAACUGAAAAAGACUAACAUUUAUGCUUACUUUGCAGAUGCUCCACGAUGAAAUGGUUCUUGGAGCUAUUCUUAUUCACUGCACAGGUCAGACGGCGAGCUUUGCGGACUCCCUGCGUGAUAAGGUAUCGUAUAUAACUUUUAACAUCACAACAGCCCUUCUGUAGUCUUACAGACACUUAUUUGCCCUUAACCUGCCUGUACAAUGCAAAUCUUCCAAGUUUCUCUGCAGUACAAACAACUCCUUUAAUUCACGAUAUUUCCAAGAGUCCAGAGCAAGGAUAUAAUUGGUCAUUGGAGAGAUCGUGCAAAGCAAAAUGUAACUUGCUCUAGUAUAUUUGGUUUGAAAGUAUGUCGAUGUUCGAAUGCCAACAGCAUACAGAUAUUUAUUUUUUGUACAUCCAAUCGUCCGAACAUAUGAAGCAAAAUGUGCACAGACUUUUAAUUGUUCAUGUGCUUAAGUAUUCGACACUAAACUGCUUUCUUCUACUAAAAGAUGGAGUAGCGAACGCAUUUUUAUAUCAGCUUUUUGAGAGGCCUAGGAACCAUCUGUUUCGUGUGUUUGUAAAGUCGCCGUGAUUUUAAACUCAGAAAUAAGUAGUGAUGGAGCGAAACGCACCUUCUUGCCAUAUCUGCGUCUAAUUUCGAAAGAGAUCCGGAUCGGCCCUUGAGACGUAUGCUCAUUUUUGGAUAGUUUUAGUGAAAUAAUUAUAUAACAAAAAGACGGUGACAAUGAUUUAUCCUGCGGUAACUGAAUCAUUAUAGACUUAUGUUGCAUCAUGAUUAUUUUUACAACACUACUUAAUUUAUCUUUUCGAAACGAGAACACAUUUCGAAAUUUUUGUUGACAUUUCAUGAGUUAGCACAUCUACUGUACCAUUAGUGGUUACGUUCCAAUCUGAUAGGAUUAUUGUCACAGUAAAACGAAAAUUAGAAUGCAUGAUUUGUCUCAUUGCUUUAUUUGAUGAGGUUUCAUUUAUGAAUAAAUACCAUUCCUGUGGAUCAAAUUUAAGCUUAAUAUCAAAUAAUUGGCUAGUUUGUGCUUAUACUUUAAAGAUGCAUAUUUGGUUGUAAUAUUCACUAGAUAUAUAAGAGGAAACCUCUAUUAAACUUAUGCCAGUUUCUGAAGAGUAAAUCGUUUCCUAGUAUUUGCUUACUUACAUCUCAGUCUUAUCAACCUUUUUCGCAGUAUAAUUACUUAUUUCCACUUGAAGAAGUAUACUUUUUUCAGCUUGUAAAUUGGAAAUUGAACACCACGGGCAUGAAUCCUUCAACAGAAAGUUUUCUCAUUCUUCAUCGUUUUGGAUGGGUGAGUGAACAUGUUUGCGCGAAGCGUAGAAUGUCUUUCCGAGUAUUUCUCAAUGCUGUCAAAUGCACAUUCUAUCCAGGCAUAGAAUUAAAAAUCUUAAUUUGAGCUCCCCACUUCCAGGAUGCUAAACGGGUAAGCUGAACGAAUACAUCAAACGUUAGUUGCUCUUAUGGCCCACAAUUUGAUUUAGCAGCUAUUAUGAUAGCACCUGCAAAGCUAUGUCCAGACGUGGCAUUUCUGAAUGCUCAGCCCGCAUGGUGUGCUUUAGAAUAAUUGCAUUUGCUACAUUUCGCCACAAACACGCACGUGUAAUAUGUUAUCCCGGCCAUUGCGACAUUGCUUGGCAUUGGAGAAACAUCUGUGUUGGGAAGGAGUAUGCAUAAAUAACGGUACUCGAAGGGGGGAAUUGGCCUUCGUUUUAUUUGACAUUGCUGGACGCUUUUGUGAAAAUUGCUCAAUCCGUCUCCUUCAGUAAAAUUGGCUGGUGUUUUCCAACCCCUUUGUUGUAUAACCAAUUACCUAUGACACAACUUCAAGGUGUACCUUCCGCAACGAAAUACGUCUAUUGAAGAUUUACUGCUGUGGGCUAGACACACGAUGGUGAUGGUUUCUUCAUAUCUCUGCAUUUUAUAUUUUGAACACUAGCUGUCUUGUGCCGAAGGCGUUAGGGCAACGUUAAAAUACAUAGAAGACUGAAUUUUCAUGUACAGCAAAAUGCUGACUGACCUCUUUAAAACAUUCAGAGGUGAUGCAAAAUUAAUAUUAUUAAACUGGUUAUCUGACAACAUAGUGAAAAAUUAAUUUGUGCACGUACUUGUACUGAUUCUUGAAUGCGAAUCCUUGAGAUCUUGUGCGAAAAUUAAAACAAGCAAUAUAUUUCUUGAUGCUGUUUAUGUUUCUUUCCUCCUCGCAAUUCAGGCUUAGUUGCUAGAAGUGCAGAACCAAAAUAUCUUUUUUUGUUUGGCUAUCCCUAUUCCAACACGGUUAUGCUUGAUUGUUUUGGUCUUUUUAUGUUUCGCUGACUGCCUUAACAUAUAAUAAUGCCUGGACCUGGUAUUUAAUAAUCAAAGGGCGUGUAUUUGUCGAAUUAAACAUGGUCAAACGGAUAGCGGCCGGUUUCUUUAUAUAAGGGAAUGAAAACUGAAUAUUUUUAAAACACAUUUUAUUCAUACUUCAAAAGGACGCUUGUAUAUAUAUGUAAUUUAUUAGCCACCUGUUAACUUUGGUGAUAUCUACAUAAUAUUCUCAUAUCGAUUUAAACGUGGUUUUAAAUGCGAUGUAAGUAUUUCUAGUCGCUUGUUAUGAUUAACUCAAGAACGAGGCAAGCGGGUUAUACCACAACGUAUAGGAGAGUUUGCAAACUCUUCAUUCUAUAAAAGAUUUCUUCGUUCUUCAAAAAUAGCUACAUGUGCAACACUUUGACAUGAAACUUGAUGAUUUCUCGUCAGCCUCUUUACAAGAUUGGAUUUUAUACAGAAAUAUGUCAAUUAAUAUUAUUAAUUUCUUACCGACUGAGAGUUCGGCAACAGGAUUUUUUAUAGAUGACCAGGAUAAGCCAGCAUGGUGUAGUAUUCUUAGGAUACCUAAGCUAAUAUAUAUAUAAAUGAACAAAUUUCGAGAUUUCAGUUAACGCGUCAUAAGUUUCCACGCACGAUGUACUUCGCCCUGUACAGAACUGUUUAGGAUGGCUGCGUGCUGUUCGGCGGGUGAACAUUUCAUUUCACAGAGAAAAUGACGAAAAGAGCAUUAAUGAACAGUCAGGUCUUUCUGGAAUCCAAAUAAUCUUAUUCUGGAUCCUGAGUCUAGUACAGAGCUAUAAAGAUGUAUACAGAGAUCCUCAAAAGUAGGCUUGAAAUCUUGUUGGCACAUCCAGUCAUAACAGCCGCAGGUUUUUUGGAUAAUCUAGACGGACAAACGAAGAGGUAUACAUAAGACAUUCGGAUGACACUCAUUUGCUUAGAAACUGUUCCGAAAUAAUAUUUAGCUAUCUAACAUGAUUUAUGGCUUAUUAUGACACACCAAUUUCGCAUCUUCAAUGCCCAUUCAGGUCGUAAUAUUUUCGGGGAUUUGCCCUUUCAUAACAGUCAGGUUGGAAUCAGGAAUCCUUUUGAGUUCAAUGCCAAAUUUUUUCUCUCCCGAUUAUUUCCUGGUUUCUCUGGAUUCAAUCUUUUCUCGCCAAUCUUUCUAAUGUAUAAUGUAAAACAGAACUUUGAGCAGAGCCCUUCAAAUGUAUCUUUGAAAUUCCUAAAAUCAACAUUAUCGGCGCCGAUGUUUAAUGGACACCUGUAUCCAUGAUAACAACUGGAAUCAAAGAAGAAUUUUUGUAUUACAUUAUUUCGUCUUUCUUGACUUUUCAAUAUUUCCCGCCCGGAAGAUGUGAAAAGAUGAUAGCGGUUUGGACGCGUUAACUAAGUGUGUCCAUUUUACACACAAAGCUAGAGCUGGAAAAUCACAUUUUACGAAAGAGCAUGAAAAAUAUGUCAAAUGAUAUAUGACUUUCUCUGUGUGAAGCGACCUGUUCAACAUUGUAAGGAAGACAUUCUGAGAAAGUUUGUCGCUUGCCCUUUAAUAGACAAGGAACGUUAACCAUACCUUCAUGUCCUGACUCUUAUUCGUUUAAUGCUAUUUUGUCUAGAGACAUGCUGAAUACAUGCUGAAGACAUCGUUCUGUAACUAAAAUGAAAAACAACAAGUGGUGGACCGACGAACACAGACUUUCCAGUAAAAGGCAAAACGAGUCUUUGUAAAUAACGUCCCACUAGAAUUGCGCGUUGCCUUAGCAGUUCACGUUUUCUGACUUCGUUUUCGUCUCACUUUAAGAGGUUUCGGGGACUGAACGUCAAGCUAAUUAAGGGGCACUUUGUUUUUUAAAUUUUCGAAACUCUUCAUUAGCACUUACUGACGUUUUUUCUUAAUUCUUUUCGUUCAAUUGUAAACUCGGGUACGUCACCUAAAACAUUGUUAGUUUUUAAAACGCAUCUGCUUAGGUCUGUAAAUCCUGAAUUUGACCUGCAGUCUAGUUUAUUCGUAAAUAUGCUUCAAUUUGAGAUAGCUUUUGCGUUCAUAAAAUUAAACUCGUGAAAGGUACAUGCUUCCAAUUCAUCUCAGUGUUAGUAUGCAUGAAUUUAAACUCGGCUUCGAUCCACAAAUAAUUUCUUUGUCGAUGAGAACAAGGAGUUUUAUGACAAGUCAAAGCUGUCAUUUUAGGUUUUCAGACAUUCUUUUUAUGCAAUAUCUACCCUGCUCAAUUUCCCUGUCCGUUCAUGAUUACUUUAACGUCUGCUUCCUUCUUCGUUAGAGACUAGUAAAGUAGCUACUGAAAUUCGACGGGCAUCGAUGUACUACUUUUAAGAUGAUACUGACUAGGAAAUAGAUUAGUUGCAACGGACACUUACACGCCUAGCAUGUAAAAUUUUGAAUGACAAGUUUUGAAGCAUCAACACUUAACUAUUCUAUACCGAAUCGGAUGGAAGUAAUAAUGCUCUAAUAGUCAUAAUAACAUUAACUGCACCACACUAGUUAUUGUGUUGAGUUUUGUUUAGAAAAUGUUAAGCAAGAAGCAAGGAACUAAUUGGCAUUUCCACUGAAUUAAGGAUCGCUGGGACAGAAAGUCAAAUAUCAUCUCGUGAAUCAAUGUUAGUGAAGGAAGACUUGUGCUCAUGACCAUGUUUCGCGCACCCAGUUCCAGCCGAGGUCGUUUGUAGUAUGGGAAAUUAUCAACUUACAUUGCCAUUCUCUUCUGCAUCUCAUUUUGGCCGAACAGAUCUUUUAUUCGAAAACUGAGGAUUAGCGAUGAUCAAGAUUUUUAUGUGAAAUACACUGGUUUUCACUGUAGAGGCCUGCAUAAAUGCAUAGUUUACCAGUUUGCUAAGCUGUUUCAGAGAUUUGACUGUUCUGGGCCAAAUUCUAGCCAAUACACAGGAUGCCACAGACGUCUAAACUGCUGUUCGUUAACUACGAAUGUAUCCUCAUUUAAUAAAACAUCUGCGCUGGCCGUGUAAGUGACAUAGUCCACUUGAAUCCAUAAUAUGCAUGCGAUCAUCAUGACGGGCAGAAAACAUGCGCAGAGGAAGUAGAAAGGGGAGAGGGACGCCGCACGUCACCCGCGAAUGAAUAAAUGCUGCAGCUUUUUGACAAAUCAUAUUUGCUAGUCGCCAUAUGUUGGGCUCUUUCUGUUGGGCAUUGGUUCAUUUAUACAUAGUGCAGAUGUUGCUUAUCAGAAGGUAAGCGGACAGUCAGGCGUUAGUGAACGUGCACGCCCAGCCAUUCGGCAAUAGCCUUUAAAACGUGGAAUUUUGCAGCCAGUGCACACGCGAAUGUUGACGCGAAGCAAAAUUACUGGCCAAGGGAACACUCCUAAGCGAUUAUUUUAAUUGUCAUGGAUACGGACCUGCAGGAGGUAGCCCUUUUAAUGGAACUUUCGAGUUUUUGCACAGAAUAUUAUCCGGGCUAACUUUUAGGGCCCAUGGAAAUCUAGCAGCUAUGAUGAAAUACAGGUAGAAUUUUGAAUGAGGGCGGUAAUUCUCCCUCUACACACCAGGGAGCGUCAUGUCGUAGUUAUAAAAGUCAACCAAAUAUUUGGCUUGGCAAAACGGGACAAUUCAUACUCUUGUGGUGAUUUAACAGAGCCGUCUGUUGCAUAGAAAGCCGAAAUUUUCACACUGACUAGUAAAGUAUUCAGAAAUAGAAUCCUCAUUCUUCGUUUGUGCUAGUCUCUAAUACUAAGUCAUUGUUUAGCUGAAAUAUAUGCCUCUCCCACGACAAGGGAAUAUUUUUCAGAUCGAAUAGGCAAGCCGCGUGCGAGUUAGCUUAGGAUUUUAUUUAGCAAAGCGUCAUGAGUUGCUGAAGACGUUUACAUUUCCUGUCAGUCGUGGUACAGUUUGUAAUUUCAUUUGAUUAGUGUACCUUUAACCUGGGCCUCAGACGGUUGAAAAAGGACCUAUUAGUGUGGUCGAGAAGGAGUUACCAGGCCUCAUAUGCGUAAAUUUAACGAAUGAAUAAGUUCAAACGGUCAAUAAGGUUGUAAUCAUGGCUUUUUUAUAAUUUCACUUCUAGCAGCGUGGAGAUUUCUCCCCUACAGCAAUCCUGUUGCUGGGCGUUGUAAAGCUGUUUUGGGAUGAAAAUUUGUUGAGCCGCAUCCUCCAUUUAAAUCAGCCCUGCGGUUGGCUACAAGAUGAAGUUAGCAAUGUGUCUCGUCGUCAGAAGAAAGAACUUCUUCCCAAAAACGAUGGUUAUUUGGAUGCCACCUAAGGAGUUAAAUAACUAUGCAAAAAGCUCGAUACUAGAAGCUCUUAUUAGAAGCAAGAUAAAAGAAUUUUUCCCAUGAACCGGUUUUUUACAUGUGGAUAAAUUUGGCCUAGAUUAAAAUCUGCACUCACACAAUUUUGUUAGCGACCUAAGCACAGUUAAAUAACGUUUAGAAUCCUGUAUGAUAUAAAAUAAGUCAACCAGCACUGGACAUGAAUAGACGAUACUCGAUUUCUGUUAUUAUUUACAUAUUGCUUUAACACCAUCAUAUGCAUUUACUUGUGUGAUGGAAUCGGAGAGUUUCGGAAAGCAACACGGAAGAAAAAUGCGAUCAUUGAAACAAGCCAUAUAUUCGCUUGACGCUUCGGAUUCUCCCCCAAACCCAUCAUCAGAAACAGUUGGGUAAAAUGGUGCAGUACUUAUACGACUCAGUUGCCGUGUUAUCGCAUGCGCACUCUAAUUAGAAUCUCCUGCCUUCAUCUAUAGUUAUGGCACUUCAUGCAGUGAUUGAUUGUCGGUCUGCAUCUAAGUCGUAAAUUGCCAAACGUUAAUCAUCAUUGUGGAUUUUUGACGUGAUAAUUUUUCGGCGAUUCGGCUGGCCAUCACUCCAUCUGUGGUUAUUUGUGCUCUCUCAUGUGGCAAAUUACUCUGAUCAGUCUAAACCUCAGCACAGAAUAUGGAGAAGAGAGGUCAUUGCAUUUACUAAUAGACUGAGGCCAAUGGACCACGAUUUAAGCAACUCACAGCUCACUCGAUUGUCCAGUUUUUCGAGACUUUCGGUUCAGUCAAACUUCGUGUUUGCGCGAACAUCUACCGCAAAAUUAGUCAUUAAAUUUCAAAGGUCAAAAAAGAAAGACAGAUUUACAUUGGUAUCAUUACACAAUUUAUAGGUUCUUCCACCAUAGUCCUGCUGCCGAACAUUGUUUUAUAUUUAGGCGCACAUUUUGCAUUUAUUACAUUGACAUUUUGACAGUUGGUAUAAGUAAUAGUCAAUCUUUGUAGUUUGCCGGCUUGAGAAACAUUUAGUAGACCUUUUACGUGGAUAAGCGUUAGUUUUUGGAUUAAUUUAAAAAUUAUCCGGACAAAUAGGUGUUAGUUCAGCUUUUGUCACUUCUUGAGUUGACGUUAAAGCAUUCUAGAUUUCCUUGUGUGAAUUUAGGUUUCUAUCCCAUUUUGUUAUUUUCGUUGGGCUCUCAUUGAACAGCUUCAGGAUAGCGGCAAGAAAUUCUGGGGAAAAGCUAUUACCUGUUGGAGUAAGGUGACAGUAAUUCCCCUGUACAAGCAUAUUUUGUACUCUGUUCCUCUCGAAAAAAUGCAUGUGGUAUGCACUCUUUUGGUUUACUGAACUCAGAAAAUUUUUGGUACAAACAAGGAAACUCUAGACACAUCUGACACCAGAUGUGACGUGGUACUCGCAGACCUUCGAUAUCAGGAGGUAGGCUCACAUCCGUUAUUUUUAUUUAUCAUGCAAACACUAUGAACAAGCUGGUAAAGUUGAGGGAUCUGGACUGAUGAGUUGAAUAAAAGGUAGCCUCACCGGCAACACCUGAAUAAGCUCCGUUCCAGUGAGCCCAUCUUUUUUCAAAGCUAUAAGUACGCUUUUUGAACAGGCGUGUUGAUGGACCUGUUUGUUAUGGAAACACUCACUUUUUCGAAGUUGUAUGAAUUUUAUUACAGCAUAAAAUCUCGCAGACUUCAAAAACACAAGUCAAUUUUAUAGGGUAUACGAAGCGAUUUAGCCUCCUACGAUAGUUAACGAUGGUUUGCGUAUGAAAGUUUUUCACGCUUUGGGUAGAUAUCCUUGGGCUCACAGCAUCCGUUCAAAACACCGCUUUCACGAAUUUCUUGUUCUACUUUAUUGUACAUCGAAAUUAAUUAAACUGCAUGCUUAUCGCAUUUGAAUUUGUUCGUAACAUCAUGUUUUGAGAUUACCAGUUUUAAUAACGUAAAAGAGUAUUAUUAUUUAUAUUGCCAUCAACUUUUAGAUCACAGACACUGGGACGGAACAUGAACUUCGACAAUCAAUCGAGCAUUUUCGAGAAAACCUUCAGCAUUCUAUUAACCCAAAAAAUCUUAAUAGAUAUAUAACGGCCUACAUGCAGUGAGUUUUCUCCCGUAUUUAACUAAUCGCUUCGUUUUCAUGAUACAACGUUUAUAACUUCGGCAUUCGCAUAUACAUAGCAUAUUUUGAACGUACCGAUCCCGCAAAUGGCACAGGCGACUGAGAUGGCCAUUUCUGGCUUGUCAGCCGUCUUCAGUCAACCCUUUUUAAACUCAAAGUUGUAAUUGAUAAGGAUUUGAUCACCAGUCCUUCGGUUAUUAGGAGUUGCGUUAAGCGUCAGACAAUCAACCACGGACUGUUGUCCUGUUGGUUGGGGUAGAAAAUAAUACCUAGCUUGGGAGGACCGCAUAAGGAUUUGCUUACAGUUUGGGAUAUGAUCCUCGUGACGUGCCUUGCAGCUCGAAUUAGGUCAUUUUGGGCAGUUACUCAGCUAAUAACAGUAAUAGUUAAAAAUAUUCACCAUCAUAGGGGGGAAAUUUCAGCCUAAUUCAAGGAGGUACUGCCAGCAUCUGAUGGCCCUCUAUAAAUUUUUUAUCCGCAUUUUGAAUUCUGUUUUCUGCGCAGCGAGUUGUGGCUACUACGUUAUUGACAGAAUGGCAUGUACUGGCGGUCUGAAUUGACACGGGCUUGUCUUAUUGCGCGCCAAAUCGUGCUCUCUCUCUCAUUAUAAAUUAAAAGCACCGCCCAUUAAAACAACACGGGCGAACGUAUUUCAGUUCCGACUUAACUUCUUGAAAUAUGGGCUAAGUUCUGGGCUAGGGUUUCAUGGGAUAAGUCUUCAUGAAUGAGUUAAGUUUGUAUGGACUACGUUUUCAUAAAAAGAGUAAAUCUUCUUUUAUAUAGGUCUCUGUAUAUUUUGAGCGGCUCUUUAGUCAGUGGCUAUUCACAUGAAACGCUCUUUAAAAUUUUAAAGUGCAAUUUUAAGACCUUGAUAGGCCCCUGCUUACAGAUGGGAUUUUAUACCAAACGAGCACAGGACACAAUAUGUUUGAGUAUGCUUUCCACAUAUUAUAUGGGUUUUUAGGAUCGAGGUGAAAUAUUCAUACUACAUAAGUAGACAGUUAAAUUCAGUGCGGUUCUCAUUAAGGACCAAAAAUAGGCGCCUUAAAAGGCUGACACGCUUUCGGCACUAAAAUAUCUUGGGAUUAUGCUGCACGGCAAUCACCAUUUCAACUUCGUUCAAGUAAUCUUUACUCUUGAAAGGUUAUUUCAGAAUUCUGACUAACAUUUCAUGAAAUUGACCACUGACUGUGCAUAUAUGACUGGGUUUUCACUAUUCUAAUAUUGCCUUGACCCUUGACUAUCGUAAUCCAACAAAAUUCCCGUUAACAGUCCCUACAAGCCAAAUAUAUAGGUCUCCCUUUGAAUCCCUAUUAAGACGACUAUUAUAAGCUAAUUAUUUACGUUGGAGGACGUCUGGCCGAAAUUUUAGGAAUUAUAGGCUUUUCCUUACCUGGCAGAUUUUUAGAAGAGUUGCAGUUCAUCAGCAGAAGACGCAGUUAAAUAAUCGUAACUCAAUGUUUACGGCUGAGAACCGUUUUUACAUAAUUAUCUGUCCAAUUUAGAUACAUUUGUCCAAAAACUGGAUUUUAGAUCCCAAAAAGUUUCUCAAAUGGAAUUUGCGUGCUUUGGUCUGUCGUGGCUGCAGAGCGAAAACGAACACUUCCAUUUUGCUCUUAAGCUCUCCUGGUCUAUAAUGUAUACAGCCUGUCGUACGGUAAACGGUUAUGAAUAAUCUUUGGAAAUCUAUGGCCGAUGACGAUAAAUAGACCAAAAUGAUCAUUUCAAUGUGAAUGCUUUCUAUCGAAACUUCCCCACUGUUGAUAACUAGACGCCAUGCGGUCAAUUGCAUGUUUUAUAAACCCCUAUCUUAAAGACAGCGCGGAUAUAGUCGUGUGCCAUCAAAUACUCCCAGCUGCAGUCAAAACAAUAUGUACUCAUAGUUAAGAGUUGUGGAUCGUCGCUAAAAGAUCGAAUGACUUGGGAAUAGGGCGCGGGAAUAAGUGUUGCCAUCCGCACUACAGGUGGCACUGCACCAAAUUCCUGGGAUUAAGGUUAGGAUGACUAACGUUAGAGUUACGGCUAGGUUAAAUGUCCAGGUUAGACUACGGAAAUAAGUGCCACUGAAACUAAUGCCAGCCCGUCUGCAAUACGGUGGGGGUACUUAGUCUUGUGCCCAACCACCUCGACAGCGAACCUUCAAUGCGCCAACACUUGGUUUUGGAAAAGCGUUGCCUGGGACAAGCUUUUGUUCCACAGAUCGAAUCUCCUUCUUUAUAACCGCUUCCUGGGACUCGUCUCUUCGCUUUCCUGGCACUAGUUGAUGUUAAAUAAAGCUGAAUCGGCCAUUCCAGUGUACAAGCCCUUCUCCGUACACGACUGGGCAAUUAUAUCUAGCAUCUGUUUAUUUCCUUCAGUGCCUGUUGAUGAAAUCAACCAAAUUGAAUUUUAGUCGGCCUCAUUCGAGGAAUACUUUUUGCAUUUACAAAACAAAUACGACCAAUAAAGCUAGGCUGCGGCUUAGCGCAGUUUUGAAAGUUUUCUUGGAUAUUAACACAGGUAGCCAAUUGAGGUCAGCCUUAAUUAUGCAUUUUGAGGUAGGUUAUUACUUUAUCGAACAAUAGUAUCUUUGUUAAAGGUUUGACGUUUUACGUCAAAGGUCUGUUUGCCACUUAGCUUGCAUAUUUCUCCCUUGGAUGUAUCCUAUUGAGAUUUUCAUUUAAUCAUAACUGCGCUCUUAAUUCGCUAUGUAUAAUCAGUGACCGAUCUCAUAAAAUGUUAACCGCCAGAUAAACUCAAUUAUAUUUUGUAUAAAAAACAUGCACAAAAAGUGUUCUUCUUGUGCUUAUUUGGUGGCAAGCCAUGCUUUUUUUUCACUUUCCUACUUGAGGGAAAGUUACGUUUAGAUUUUAAAAAGUUGUUUAAAUUUAUGAGGUUUUUAAAGACCGCCACAUGUUUAUCCAAAUGACAUCGUAUCUGCCCGUUCGUUAAUUUUCUUCAAAGAGCAUACAAAAUAUUCCCCGUCCAAUACAACAUUCAUUGAGCCCUAUAUGUUGUUAUUCUAACGGCACAGAGGAAUGCCUAAUUUGCCACACAGAAAAUGUACACGCCUCGUAGAAUUAAGCCCUUUAAAGCAAUUGCAAUGGCAAGUCGGAAUCAAAACUAUUCGGAAGUUAAAACGUCAGUAAAAACUAAAUGUACAAUUCCUUUAGUAUAAAAGUUGAAUAUGAAGCAAUUCGCUGCCAAAGGACUGCGAGAGAAAAUAUUUUUGUGUAUGUUUUCCAUAGAAUGUAUGUGAAUUGUUAUGCGUAUCAAAAUUUAAAAACCAUAAUGCAUACUAAGCUAAUAAUCAUUUUCAUGGAGUGUGGGUUCUGCAGGCAGCCGAUAAGGAAUUUACUUAAGGGCUAAUAUCCUGGCGUGUUUGAAAUAUUAUAAGAUUAUGUCGCAUGUUGAUCAGCUCUACAACCCCUCUUAAGUAAUCUUUCCUAAUCGAGGACGUAUUCCCGAAUUUCAAUUAUCGUUUCAUGGAGCCGGUCACCGACCGUAUGUAUUGAAGGAAAAAAACAGUAUGCUAAUUCUCGCUAUCCCGCUGCCUCUUAGACAGUCCUUUUAGAGCCGGCAGACAUAGCUCCUCCCUAACUAUAACAUGACAGAUUAACAACUGUAGCUUUUCAGACCACGUGUGGAGUCACUUGGUACAGGCGUGCUUCUCUGUGGUCUCUUUGUUUAAAGGUAGAUGUCUUAAAUCACCUCCUAAAUAUAUCAUACUGAGACUUCAAGGUUGUACUAAACAACAUUGUAGGGCAUCAUAUGAUAUAUUGUACAAAAUAAGCCGCGUACGGACCUGUGGCUCAUGAAAGUUUAGUAGGCAACCAGUCUGCUAUAUCGACAUUUAUCCAUGACUAAAGGUAUUACACCUGCUUAGCUCAAGACCGUUCUCUCGUCAGAUCAGAGAGCCCGUUUUUAGUGAAGACCACGCAACAAUUCUAAUCCGCAGUUUCGUCAAUUAAAUCGCAGCUAGGCAUACUCCAAAUUUUAGGUGUUCCACAUUUUUUCCAGACAUUGCUAGUGAAAUGGUUCGACUAAUCAAGUGUCGUCGGACGUUUGCGAACGUGAAGUCUGUGGAUCUUCUUUGCAACUAGGAAGUUUGUUUACCUUUAAGCUGACAUAGUAAGCCUUUGCUGAUGACAACAAGUUACGCUGACCAGGUUUCCUGACUGGCUUAUUCAACUGCCAAACUCUCUUGUCGGAAGAUAAAAAGUAUUAUUGAAUGCAAGUGUUAUUUCUGUUUACGUUAUAUUUAGGUCUGCGUUUGUAUAAAUAUAAUUCCUUAUUUAUAUGUUGAAUACUUUUCAUUUUAGGCGCAAAACGCUAAUUGACCGACUUGCUGAACUGAAGUACGUUUCUGCUUAUUUGCAAAUCGCUUUUUAUGACAGAUUUUUAAUCUGCACUUCCUUCUUCAGAUGCCUCAGGGUAUGGACAAUAAAGGAUGUUUAGCAAAUACAAAUCAAGGCAGUCAUUUUCAGAUAGGAUUUAAAAGAUACUCAAGAUGAAUAUUUGCAGUACAAAUUGACAGCGCGUAUUCGGGCAAAACGGAUUAAUUAUUCAGACCCUUAUGCGUGCAACCAAGUAAAUUAUUAGUACUGUGGAAUUAUCGCUGGAUUUAAUGCUUGGUUGCCCAUGAGUACGUGUGUAGCCAGUGGUCUUGGGGGAGAUAUAAACAGAACACUGAUAAACUUUUCGGUCAAGGGAAUGCCCGCGGAAUAUGGCAUUAGUGCACUGUAAGGUUAACUUUUGCAAGAUUUAACAAAGGGAAUGGAAAAACUGAAUCAGACAAGAUACCUAGGUAUAUUAAAAUACCAUGAAGCUAUCUUCCUUUUACACGGCUCAGUAGAGCAUGUUAAGAAAAAUUACUUCACAUACGACGUUGCCUCAUGACGAUCAGUGCUCGUGCAGUACAUCAUAUUGGAGUACUCAUUGUAGUACAUGUAGAGCCAGGUGAGACUAGGACACGAGAUGAGGUAGAGGCGUGUAUUUGUGAGUGUCAAAUGGAAACAACUGUGCUGCACAUUCCCGGGGAAGAGAACAUUCAGGAUUAUUUUGCAUCAUUCAGCACAUUUUUGAAAUUAAGGUUCAAAGACAUUCUACUUGAAGUUUUGACUAUACUACAACUCCCUAGCCUAAUUCAGGCUUCUAGCUUUGCUUGAAUACUUCAUGUACAUUCACAUAUAGCUAUUCAAGGGAUUACAAUGGACAUCAUUUUCACGCGUUACAUACCUAUCUUCCUUGCAUUGAAGGUGCUCGGUCUUACUCAUUACCGGUGCCCUAGCGCCGCAAAGAAAAGGUUGCGAAAAACUGUACGAAUGUCUGCAAAAGGCACACAAGGAUAACAAAAACUCCAUGUCUACGCGGGAGCUUGUUGUGAUAGAAAAUGUUGCGAAUGUUCUUGCCGAACGCGUAAGUAAUGACAUUAUUUUAACAUUUAUUCCCAUCAUCCUUGGCGGCACCCACUUAAACAUUUUAAUUCAUUGCGUCUUUAGGUAGUGAAUGAGAACAAAAUUUUCAUUGGAGGCAUCGUAUCAGAAAAUAUUGCGUUUUAACUGCAAUCGCUUGUAUCUGUGCUCCUCGUGGUUGCACCGAGACUGUAAGAGCUGGAUGAUUGCAUGUCUGCAGUCAAUAACCGAUAUUUUUUGAAUUGAUUUUCUCAAGAGCGUACGUCUGCCAUAACAUACUUUUGGAUUUGUGUGGUCUUCGACUCUCGGAGGGGCAGGCACAAAAAGGAACAGGGACAAAAAUGAAGAAAUAACCCCAUUUUGGUUCCCGAGCAACAAACAUUUUCAAAUAAAUUCAGAAACAUUGUGAUGCAGUCACACGCAAAACCGCAUCUUUCUGGGUUUUUGAGUUAGACAGUCGGCGCACAGAGCUUUAAUUUGCUCCGGAAGCACAUAAACUGUUCUCAUUUGAAAAUUGUCAGCAAUGAUCGUCGAUGACCGAAUUACUGAAUUCAUACUCCCAAAACAAGUCAGAAACGUUUCUAUAGGUGGAUGGAUUAGUUAAAAACAAUGACUCAAUUCGAAAGUCCGCCAGUACAAUUAAUCAUUAUGCACAGAACGCAAAUGCUCACGUUUAAUAAAACGCAUUUUAACUCAUGCACACUAUGCCGCGAACAACAUACAAUUCUGGUAAUCCGGCGAACAGUCGUCCCAGUGGUGGCCAUUACGAAUUUCUUUGCAGCUAAAGAACACUGACUUGCAAACAGCCAGAGAUACUCCGCCAGCUUUACCCAGUUUGCCUUGGGGCGUUGGACCGAAAGAGCGGCAUUGCUAAUUGUUUCUGCACCCCGUUGCCCUUUUUUCGACUCUCAGUUCAAUCUUGCAAUCUUUCGGACGAGAAUCUUGCCGGAUUAUAAUUAGAAUCUUUAUUACAACUACCUGGUAUCCUCAUUGGUUAGAUGAUCAGAAUAAGUAAGGGUCAGAAAACAUUUUCAACGAAAAGUUCUAACGAGCAUCGUCAGCAUAUCUGCAAAAUAUAGACUUAUACUGUACUGUUUUCGGAUAUUGAUGGCGAGCAUUGGAAGUCAUACACCAAAGCAUUUCCAGAUUAAUUUCGCAGUCAGCUAGCAAAGCGGGGCGUUAGACUGGGAAUAAGUGAGGUUGAAAAUCAAGGCCGCUUUGUCUGCUAGCCUGGCAUUUUGAAGUAGCGCCAAGAGCUCAUUCUUCGUUCUCUGCGAUCGCAAAUGUUUAAAGCCACAUAUGACUUGUGGCCUUUAAUCCGAUUUUCUACAGAAAUGUUAUACAUGCCUUCCGGUUCGCCUUGGUGUUCGGAGCAAAAGGCCUGCAGGAGCAACCGCGUGGAAGGGAGAGAGCGCAAGUGGAGAAGGAUAAAACCGCCAGUUUAUAUUUAGACUUCUGCCAUGGAAUAUCCGAAGCAUUUCGCAGAAAUACAUUCUUUUACACAAAAAAAUCUGCCUUGCACCCGAAACGUCCUCCUGCGUGAAGCAGAAGUACUAUUCAAGUAUAGAAAAGGAGGCAAGGCGUAGUUAUAAUGUGCCUGCCGUGCAGACUAGGAAUAACGGAAUACCGAUUAACUUUUAUGACUAACGAAACUAUCAGCGAUUGCCUCAUGCAUAUAGCACCAGAAUCGACAUAGCGUGUUGCGAGAGUUUGGUUUUUGUCUUCGUAUACUAAAAGAAUUGGUCUAGAUCCACGACAUUAGUUACCCAACAAAAGAAAUAUUCCGUCUUUUGAACUAAAUUUUCUUGAUUUUUAAAACUUUAAACUAAUCCGAGUUUCGGGUCGACUAAGUGUCUUGCGUCGCGUUGAGCCAACAACUGGGAAAAUGUCGACCAACUUUUUCUAGCAAGUGAUGGUUAUUGGCAGCUCUUAAUCUUUUUGAACUGGCAUUUUAUCAUUUACGUGCUACGAAGAUUGAUACGCCUACGAUAGCGCAAAUAUCCAUAGCCACAGGCAAAACUUAAGGUGGCAAAAUAACGUUAGUGAAACAAAAGGACGUUAGCGGCCGUUUGUGUUGUAUUUAUGUCCAAUUACUUCUUGUCCUGAUUGGCUAUUUAGAUAAAAAUUUCGAUCAUGUGAUCCUUUUCGAGUUGCUCGCUCACCACAACGUAAAAACUACUUUAAGUGCAACUGCAACAGGUGUACCUUUUCUGUCGAACAAGUCCUCCAGACAAAUUAAACCACACGGUUUUGGCGAAUUCACUUUAGCAAUAACGAUGCCUUCAAUCUAUUAGAAGUAUGAAAAAUUCGUACACAUAAUAUAUUAAGACAAACAUUAAAACGUGCAAAAUAAACCUUUUAAUUAAAAGUGACCGGGCUCUAUUAUUAACUUCGUCCUAAGUCAUCUGCUACGUGUUUGGACAUUUUGCUGCCACAGCGAUUGUCAAGUAUAUUCAACCUCCGAUGGGCGUUAUUUUUUAAAAACGGAAUUCGCAAAAUAUACUACUCUCAGGCCUGUGCGUUUACGUAUCUUCGACAUUGAACAGAGGUUAUUUGGACAUUAGCAGUUGUUUUUUUUUCGGCUUUAAGCACUUACUGUGUAUUAGUCAGAACGAUUUCUUUUGCUUUUCAAAUUCAUCAGAAAUUAACGGCUACUCUGGAGUAGAUCAUUUUAUACUCGGGUUGACAUACGCAGACCAAAAUUUGGUGUAUGAAUAUUUGGGUCCAUCACCUACAGCGGGAAAACUGCAUAAUAUUCACUAACUGACAUCAGGCAGCUAGUGGUGUAUUUUAACGUUAAAAGAUGCCGAGCAAGCAGCACAGGUACUAGCUGCUCUAAUAUAAACUUAUCAACCCCGAGUUGACAGUUAAUUUCCAGGGAAAUUAAAAAGCAACAAUUACUAAACUGGAGUAUCUACUGGAAAGCGCACGGGGGGCCACCAAAGAACCGAACCCCUCGCAUCUGUGUCACGUAGCGGCCGAACACCGGCGAAGCACGCGUGUUUAGGCUUUUAACUAUUACCUGUGUUGCUAGUAUGGUAUCUUCGUACACUCUACCUAUCCUUGAUUUUAUGUGUUUAGGGAAUUUCUGUCGGACCAAUUCCUAUCAGUGGUUUCUGGCACUUUAUUUAUUUCAGAAGUAAGCGGAGAAAAGUAGAAGAGGCUGAUAUACAAUUUUGACAUUGUUCACGUUCGAAUGAUAGUAGCAUAUGCAGGUUUAAAACACUUAUUAAAUCACUCUGCCAUUUCUUUGUCAGUCGACGGGUGAUAAGGUCUACGUCUCCUUACCCACCCAGGCAAAUUGCUGAAUGUUUGCAUGGAUUUUGGAUCCAGUUUCGUCCAAACCUCUAACGAAAUUAACUUAUUCCCACAUUACCGUAACUUUUUUGCAGUUUUAAGAUUCAAAAAUGUAGUGACAAGCAAAAUCGCAAAGUCCAAUGAACAAAUCACGUUUAUUGUUUUAAUUGUCAAACGGUUAGAUUAGAUUUUGUUUUUUUACUCCUUUGGUACUAUUAUGAGCUGAACUCUUACGACAAAAGCUCGAAGCACGUCUGUUUCAUUUGUAACUUUAUGCAAAACGAUACAGGUGUCAAGGGCUGAAAGUUUAGUUGGCAUAAAGUACGAUGACCACAUAUUUGCGCCAUUCGCAGAGUAGAACAGACUGACUAGUCAAAGUUUGCUUGUGAAUAUUGCGUGACGCUUGUGUGACAUAGUUCAGAUAUUGGUAGGCUCGGUUAUGGCUUGGCUUGCGUUUUCGGAAGUCGUUCAUAUGCUUUGUUUUUCGGCCCAUGGAUUACCCCAGUAUUCUGCCUAUUUUUGAAACAGACCCUCUGGCUUUUUCAUCUGCGCAGUUGAGGAUAACUUUCCAUGUUUUUCCUGGUCAAACUUGCCAUAUCAGAUGUACCCUAAGUUAUUUCCAACGCAACAUUUGCCAUCCAACUGGGCGACGAGUGCACCAAACAUGUUGCAAGAGCAAACAACGCGUUAGCGUUGAAUGUACCCUUACUCUUCUUAAGAGAACUAUCAAUUGUUGGGCUUCACAUAAAAUACCCUGUAUUCGAUCUCUGCAUGUCGAGAAUCUUGUCUGGCUAGGGGAAGCUUCGCCAAAUUUACCAAAAUUUAAUAGAGUCCCCUAUUUGUAUUACUGUUUUUAGUCAUCAGUGCCAAAAGUUUUAAUCGAAUUAUUUUAUGCGAACGCUAUGACAACUUGAUAUGUUUUUACAUUUACCCAUACUGCUUUGUUUUCAAACUUUUGUUAUUUGUUUUUUUUUCCCUCUAGCCUGACAAAGUGAUUGAAAGUAUGCAAUACUUCAUUCAAGGAAUCGGUCUUUGUACGUGCCGAAUUUAACUUUAUGUGGACGUUUGUUACUAGAUAUUUCGAUCUAGAAAGUUUUUCAUGUCGUAGAGUAGAAGUGGUAUGCAUUUCAAGACGAUAUAGUGAAAAAAGAAGAGAUUCUUCGGAAAAAAUCGAGUUGUCUUUUAUGUGUUUUCUCGCUAUACAUUUUUCUGUCUAAAUGCUACAUCUGUUUAAGUCGUAAUAAUUUUUUCUGCCUGGUGGUCUUUUGUUUUGUCUUAAAAAUUGACUUUACCUAGUAUUUAACCCAGAUAAAUUAAGGGAUGUGUAUAGGUUUGAUAGUCUACGGACCAGGUUUCCAUCCAUUCUGUCAGCAGUAAGCCACAGUUUAUUAAAGAAUGUAUUGCUCUAUCGUAUACGUAAUUACAGACUGCAAUGUACGUUAGCCACAGAUCGUGUUUUUUCCAUAAUUUCAUAUUUUCACGUCGGAAUUUUUGAAGGCUGCUGUAGGUUUUUCAAGAUUAUUAGUCAUAACGUCCCAAAAACGUCAACAUUACAGUGGAAAUUCCAUCCAUAUGGGGACAUCCGCAAAUUUAUCGAAAUUCAUUUGCGCACUUUCUGUACCUGCAUAUAUACACAUUUUUUUGAAAAAUAAAUGCUGAAACGGAAAUAUUUCCGAGAGUAUUCACGAUCAGCUGUUUUCGGGAGCAUCUUCUAUUUAUGUCGCAUUCUGUCACCUCUAAAUUUGCAUUCAACAGUGAGCCACGUAAAGAUGCAGACAACCCCGUUGAGCCUAAAUCGGAGAAUGUCCAUGGAGGAUUAUGAUCGUCCAGUGGGAAAAAUUCAACUAUCUGCUGGGUUCCGCUCAAGUCUUCUGGCAACUGAUGUGACAGAGGACAAGGAAUAA